AUGGAUGGUAUGCCAUAAACAAUGUGGUGAUAUUUGCCCCCCAAGCUCUUCUUCUUCAGUGGAUAAUGCCAUCUUUUACUUAACAGGUUUUCUGUUCGAUAUUUAUUAUGGGACAAUGGAAGAUGUGCAGCUCCCUAAAUAAGAAUAAUGUCAAGUCUCUAGGCUGGAGGCUCUGGAUUUCUUAGACAUUUUUCAUAUGCCCUUGUAAGAAAAGAUGCAAUUCCUUGCGGUAAAGGAAACUUAGGAAUGGUGAUUCCCUUCACUGUGUAAACAAGAAAAGAAGAGGAAAGCAUUGUAAUAUGACUUUGCACAUUAAGGCAUAAGACACAUCCCAUCCUUGGUAUUACAGUGGUACCUCGGGUUAAGUACUUAAUUCGUUCCGGAGGUCCAUUCUUAACCUGAAACUGUUCGUAACCUGAAGCACCACUUUAGCUAAUGGGGCCUCCUGCUGCUGCCGUGCCGCCGGAGCACGAUUUCUGUUCUCAUACUGAAGCAAAGUUCUUAACCCCAGGUACUAUUUCUGGGUUAGUGGAGUCUGUAACCUGAAGUGCAUGUAACCCGAGGUACCACUGUACCAGGGAAGAAGAAUUUAUAGUGGUAACUUUUAUCAAGGGGCAGAUUUUCACAAGAAGCUGUUUGAAAAAGGGAUCGUAAGAACAUAGAAUAACUCUUCUCAGAAUUGCUGCCUCCAAACUUCGGCCCCACACCUAAACCCGGUCUUGAUUUUUUGCUGCUUCUGUUACCCCUGAGUUCUGAAUAUCUACUUGCAUUAUAAACACAAGUUCUUCAUGGGUCUGUAUUCUAGAAUGAUGGUAGUGUGCUUGCCAAAAUGGCAAAACCUGGAGAUUAUGAGGGUCUCUUGCUGUUUUUCACACUGAACAGCUGAUCCAAUGCUUGUGCUCUUGUUGAUGACACCAGGACAGCAGAGGGCUGGUCAAUAAGAUGUAUUAUGGAAGCAGCUGGAAGUGCAUUCCAUAUUGGAACAGCUGCCCCAUACAGGAAUUAGCAGUGAUGUGAAGAUGUUCCAUGAUGUGGAUGCUCUGUAGAGGGAUCCGUGAGACACUUUAUGGCUAAUGCACAUAGCAGCAGUUAAUACGCACAUGUUUAAUUAUUGCCCCUACAAUGAUUGGUAAGUGUUCUGCACACAUCUCAGUAUGCAAACUGGUGGCCUGCGUCACCUCUGCUCAUCUAAGGAGCUUUUCCACAUCUCUCAUAGUGAAAUCAAAUGGCGAGGACUUGCACGACACGGAGAGUUGGAAAUUGGGGGAAGUGAAGAAAAAAGCACCCCUCCCCAAACACCCACUAUACAUUUAAAGCAGAUCCAACAUACAUUUAAAUCACAUGAUUUAAAACUCUGGGGAUUGUAGUCCAUUAGGGGUACUAGGAGUUGUAGGUCUGUGAAGCUACAGUUCCCAUGAUUAUUUUGGGAAAGUCAUGUACUUUAAAUGCACAUUGAUUGUACUUUAAAUGCAUGGUAUGGAUCGUUUCACAUUGCUGUCAGAAACAAAAUUGUGCAAUCAGAAAUUAAAAGUAACACUUAAUGCAUUUAUAGGAUUGGAGCCUAACCCUAUUGAAUUUACUUCUGAGUAACAUAUAGGGUUGUGUUGUAAAGGCUGUGCUGUAAAUGCUUCCUAACCACAUGGGAAGUUCAACCACUGCAACAGAUUAGGCAUGGAUGUAGUAGAUGCACUAUCCCAGAGGAAUCUUGAAACUGAGGAGGGAUAUUUUUGCAUCUAGUCAUACUUUACUUCAAGCCAGAUGUGGAUGUUGGAUGCUGUAAUUCCUGGAUAAUAUUCUAGAGCAAUUCAGAACAAACCUUUUUGCUCUUGGAAAUCUAAGUACUUGUGAGGAAUUUUAUUAAUGCAUAUUUCAAACACUGAAAAGGUUAAAAGGAAUUGAACAAGGCAAUAACAUCCCCUUGUCAUGAUCCACAAGAGGGUAAGGUCUUGGCUUCCAAUCCUUUCUGCUAGUUUUUACUAUAAAUGCCUUUAUAUUUCUUUAGAGUUGCUUUUUCCUGUACACUUGGAUAUUUACUCUUGAGCCCUCGGGUCUCUCAGCUGGGUGUUGCCUGACUGCACAUAUUUGGCUUGAGUUUGAAGGGAGGGUAAGAAAAGAGGGUAACAUGCACAGCGAGGAAUAUGGGUUGGAGGGACAACGAUAUCCAGAUGAUCUGAACCAUCUGCAAAGAGCUACAUUUGUUCCCUAUUAUGCAAUCAAACUUAAGUAUAUACAUUUGAUUUGUUUAAGGAUGAGACUAAAAAUGAGAAGCAUGACGGACUAAGGGGGUGCGUAGCACAGGCACACAGCCGACAUUUAAAUACAUUAGACACAUUUAAAAUUAUUGUAUGGCAUGGAGAAAGUGGAUGGAGAACAGGUUUUCUCCAUCUUUCAUAACAAUAGAACGCAUGAACAUCUCAUGGAGCUGAAUGUUGGACGGUUCAGGACAGAUAAAAUUACUUAUUCACCCAGCAAAUAGUUUUAAGCUAUGGCACUCACUCCCACAGGAAGAAGGGCUGGCCACUAUUAGACAACUUCGUGGAGGAUAAAGCUAUCAAUGGCUACUAGGCUUUCCCUCCACAGAAACCACAGGAGCAGGGAGAAAGCUCUUGUGUUUGCGUCCUGCUUCCCACAGGCAUCUAGUUGGCCACCUUGAGGGCUGGGUGCUAAACUAGACCGGAUCCUGCAGGCUCUUCUUAAUGUUAUUGUGUGUGUGUGUGUGUGUAAAAUGGUAGUCAUGAAUUCACAGUUGGUAGUUCCGCGAGUGCAACAACUGCAGCCUCCACUUACCUCUUUGUCUGCUCAGUUAUUGGCUACACUUAGAACAUGUCUCAGUUAUUUGGAGAUUGGCUUUUAUCCUUCACACUGUGGCUGUGGCAGGUUUUUACAACUUUGGUCUCAUAGGUGAUGCUGGUGGGGGAAGAAAGGAUAUAUCUUGGAAUAACUAUUCCCUACUGCCACGGCCAACAAAUUCCUCUUCACAUUUACAUGGCUUAUUGGCCAUAUUGUCCAACUACGCCCCCCUCCUAUAUUUAUGACUUAGGAAGAUUUUGUAAGGCUGAAAUACUGAGAUUUGUAAUAGAAUAUAAACUUUAAAUUGCCUUAAAAUUUAUCACACCGACAAUUUGGCUUCCAGACAGUCACUGGCAAAUUCAGGCUGUGCGUUAAAGCUCAUUUGGAGCUGUUGCAAAACAAACGCCAAAGAAACGGACUUUCUGUGAUAAGGAAAAUGACAGGGACAUGCACUGGAAAGUACUGAUGCAACCUUAAGAUCCACACCGUGCAUUUAAGGCACAUCUAACUCACCUUUAAAGCCUGUGAAUUGCCCCAAUGGAUUGUGGGAACUGUAGUUUGUUCGGGGUACUGGGAAUUGUAGGUCUGUGAGGGGGAAGCCACAGUUCCCAGGAUUAUUUGGGGGAAAGUCAUGUGCUUUAAAUGUGUGGUGAAUGUACUUUGAAUAAGAUGGGUGUUCGUUAAAGGGGCCUUCUGGAAGCAACCUCAGAACCAAGGCUCUUCUGCUUCUUUGUUUAUUGCCUACAAAUUGGUAAGAAGUAGUAUGUAGCCAAUGCUCGAGGUUCUUGAAAAUUAUGGAGAAAUUUCUGUUACUUUAAAAGGAAUGGGAGAGGGGAUUGAUGAAAGUGUUAGGAAAGUUGGCUAACGAUGAACAGUUCUACAAAGUUCCACCUUAAGAAAACUUCAAAAGACUUUUUUUUUUUACGGAAGUUGAGGGUUUACCACUCCCCAGUGAUCCGAAGGAAAGCCCUGGCAGUGGCUCUGCCUGGAAAGCCCUAAGGACUCACAGAGAGAGAAUAAAAAGCAUGGGGCAGAGAAGUCCGGCGUGCAGGUGGCCUGGGGUUCCUCUUUCACUGCGAGUCGCAGCCUGAACUGAGAUCGCUCAGUGCAAGUGCCUGUCUGCUUCACAGGAACAAUCUUUGGCAGUUUUCAGCUUCCUCUGGCAAAGGUGAGAGGGGCAGAGGAGAUUGGGAGAGACCUAGCCACGGCUAAGAGUUUUCCUGGGGUGUGAGAAACGUUAUUAUUUUUGGGUUAAAAUAAUAAUAAAGGGUGGAGGAAAGGACUUCUCAAACCAGUGAACUCCUGAUCUUAGUGAGGGCUGCUAGAGCGGUGUGUGUUUAGCGUUGAAUACCUCUGCACUGAUGAAGCUGCCUUUAGGCAGAACUUGAAGCAAGCUUCUUUAGUGGUGCGCAGUUGUGAUAAAAACAGCAACACUUCUGUGGUUAAGAGGGAAAUGCACACUUUAUUUCUGAAGGUUCCUGAUGGAGCAGUGGACUGUUUUAUUUCUCUUCCAUGACAUGGCAUUUAUCAGAUAAAGGAAGAGAACAUCUACAGACUCAGCUUUUUCAGCAAUAGUUUCCAAACUCCCUGACAGUCCCACAAGUAGAAAUCUGUGGCCUUUUUCAGCAUUCCUACCUCCACUUUGCAAGUUACCCUCUCAUGCUAAAUUUUCUCAUAUGGAUGACAGGAUGGUUCUUCAGGUAGCUGGGGUUAGACUUCAGAAUCUCUGUUAAGUAUAUAAUCUCCAAGGUGAAUGAGGCUUGGAACUUUUACCAGCUUGUUUGUUUGGUGUAGAGAAUUACUGCUAAGUUGGUUCUGGAGCCAAAAAAAGAGUCUAAAAUGUUCCUUUCACUUUCCCCACCAAAAGCUGGUCCAAAGUUUCCACGCUCCACACUUUCUAAACAUGGCUGAGUCACAAUGGAAACUGCUGAUAGACCUGACGCUUCUGUAGGAGACCGUGUUUUUCAUGCAAUGAGUUGCUACUCAUUGAGCAGAAAUAGAGCUAAGCUGGGAACAGAACUUUCUCAGCAUUUGAAGAGCAAUAUUUGAACACUUGUUGCUUGCGGUUUCCAUCUGUGGAAGUUGCAAGAAUAUCAUGGAAUUCUGUCCCAGAGAGAUGCCUGGCUUCCCUGCAGUAAAUGUGCUCUAAACUGUCCAUUUGGAAAGGGCAUGACCAAAUGCUCUCCAUAGAUUAUUCCCCAUGACUAGGUGGAGAUUUAUUUGGCGCUUGGGAUGCACUAACUCAGUGCCAAUAAUUUCUGGGAGUGACACUCAGUUAUUUUCCCUUUUGCCCUGCCUGCUGCAUUGGCAGACAUGAAUGGAAGACUGUGUGUCCAGUGUGGACGUAUGUAAAGCAACACAAUCAUACAGUGACCCUUAUCCAGAAGGAACUCUCUCCCAUGUGCCUAGUUAGGUGUUAGUGCCCUUCCUUUCUAGAUGUGUGGUUACUCUACGGCUGGCAUAGCUCUUGGGACCUGGCUGCCACCGCUGCCUCCUGUUCCCUGCUGCUGCUGCUGCUGCUCCUUCUUGCAGCUAUUGUCCCUCUAGUGAUGAAUAAGGAGAUGGAGCAGCAUCUAGCACAGAGGGCAACUUAAGGGACAGCUGGGAGGAAGAGGAAGGUUUGCUGAGAACAAAAUCUGAACCUGCCACUGUCCUAUCUCACCAACAUUAUUAUUUUAUAUUUAAUCUUCACAGAUUUUUUUUUCUGCUGCCAGGCUUACAGAGAUUCGUUUUAAACUGUUGACUGGUGAUUUGUGAUUCCGGGUUAUUUUGUCUGUUAUUUUAUUGUAUAGAUUUUUUUGUACACAGUUUUGAUAUUUUAAUGAAAUUGUGUUAUUAUUUAUAAAUAAAUAAAUAAAUGAUUAGGCAAGCCGCAGUUUGACUUAGCAUGUUGUCUGAACACAGGCUCAUAGUUUAGCUCCCUCUACACUAACCGCAAGCUGUAGCCAAGGUAUGUCCUGUGGUUUAUGGUUCCUUUAUGCAAGGACUCUCCUGUCCCUGAGCCACACAUCCAUAUACACUCCUCCUGUUUCACUAGUUAUUUAUAAAGUGCAUGACAGGGACUUUGAACCUCCUUGAAUGACUUUUGAAUGACUUUUCUGUUUACUUUCUCAAGCAUGUUAUUGCUGUUGUAGUGAGAUGGGAAGCUGGCCCAAACGAUCUCUCAACGUCUUCCCCAUCCCAACCUAUGACUCUGGUUGUUAAAAAAGAGAUUGCCACAGAGGGCAAACCAAUUAGGCAAGUUUAGUUGGCCAGUUUCUGUCUACUGGGAGGACGGACCUUGAGGGAUCUGAAUAGCUGACCUUUGCCAAGUAUUCUUUCUUGAAGAAGGCAGCUGGAGGCGGUGUCAGACAGGUUCUUGUGUGUGCAUGCACAUCAGAACAGUAGACCAGUCAUCUUUAGAAAUAAAUGGGCUGGAAAAAGUGUGUCUGUUUUAGAGCCUGUAAGUCAACAGCAUUGUUGUGGAGACUGGGUGUUCCCCACACUGAAAAUCUGAGGGAGAAAAGUAAGUUUACAAUAUCUUUAGGAGUUAUGCUGUAUCUUUCCCAAUGCUCAAUCUCUCUCUCUCUCUCUCGCUGUGUGUGUGUGUGUGUGUGUGUGUGAGAGAGAGAGAGAGAGAGAGAGAGAAUAAAUAUAAAUAAAUGCGGAAUGGUAUAAGCUUUUGGUGACCUCAUUUCACCCCUGGAAUGUAAUACUCUCUGUGUACACACAGGAACCUCCCCCACAAAAAAACCAGAAUCCUGCAAUUGUCGUUUACUCCUCACUGAGCUAUAGUUCAAAGCAUGCUUCACAAACUACAGUUUCCAGAUUUCUUUUUUGGAGCGGGUGCUUUAAAUGUAUGUUGUGCAUAAAGUAGUUACAAAUUUUCUGAGUCACCAAGGGGCAUCCAUUGGGGAAAUGAAAGAAAAAAAGUAGAGUGGAGUGAGACUAUGUAUGUAGCUGGUGGGUUUGGGAGGAAUUUAGCAGGAAAGGUGAAUUGUGGUGGCUGCAAUUUUCAGCUAGGCCCAAAGAAUAUUUGCAUAAUCUUGCACAGGCCAUUCAUAUGUGAAUGUUUAUGCAGAGAAGUAUCAGAGAAGUCUGGGACGCGGGUGGCGCUGUAGGUAAAACCUCGGCGCCUAGGACUUGCCGAUCGUCAGGUCGACGGUUCGAAUCCCUGCGGCGGGGUGUGCUCCCGUCGUUUGGUCCCAGUGCCUGCCCACCUAGCAGUUCGAAAGCACCUCCGGGUGCAAGUAGAUAAAUAGGGACCGCUUUAUAGCGGGAAGGUAAACGGCGUUUCGUGUGCUGUGCUGGCUCGCCAGAUGCAGCUUGUCACGCUGGCCACGUGACCCGGAAGUGUCUGCGGACAGCGCUGGCUCCCGGCCUUUAGAGUGAGAUGAGCGCACAACCCUAGAGUCUAGCAAGACUGGCCCGAACGGGCAGGGGUACCUUUACCUUUUAUCAUCUCUGUAGGAUUUUGUAAUAUGUAUUUUAGUUCACAAAUUCGUUCCACACCUUUCCAAACUGUUCAAGGUGACAUAAUGAUGUGUUCAUCUGUGAAGCAAACACAAGUUUGGGAUUUCCUUUCACCCUAAUAAUUUAUACAGACUUAAAAUUACAUAAACUUGCUCUGUGCCAUGGAGUUCCUAGUUCCUUGUCUCUGGCUGCCUCAUUAUUGGAAAAGUCCUGUCUUUGUUGUGCUUUCAAAGUUGGGGGUACUUUGGGAGAUAAUAUGUCAUUGUCCCUCAACAAGCUGAUGGAAUUUUUCAAACUAGGUCAGGCUAAUGCAGAUUUGCUUGUUACUAUGGAUAUUGCUUAAUUAUACACCAAUAAUCCCCCAUGAGAAUCUCACGAUUGCUGCUCAUCUUUCUGUUUUUAAAUAUUCCCAGAAUGUGUAAAAGAAGCUCUGAUGGUUGAAAACUGGGAAUAUAUGAGCUGAAGCAACUGAGAAUUUAGGUUAAGAUAAAAGGCGGGGAAGCAGCUGUCUCCGAAGUGGCGAGGAAUGGUGUUGCUUGUGCUAUUUUAAACCUCCCCCAGGUCCCCAUCCAGGCCACAGGUGGAGAACUGGUGGUACUGCAGAUGUUGUUGGCCUACAACUCCCAUCAUUCCUGAUCAUGGAAGCUGGAGCCCAACAAUAUACGGAGGACCACAGGUUCCUGUCCCUGGUCCUGGUCUGGGCCAGUCUGCCCCAGCCUGGUGUCCUCAAGAUGUUUUGGGCUACUAAUCCAAAGUGCUGGUUAUAGUCCAACAACAUAUGAAGGGUUGGAGAAGGCUGAUCCUAGGGCACUACCCUACUGCAGUGUAAUGGGUUUAGGGGUUGCUCGUGCGUAAGUUGCUGCCACUGCUGGCUAGGUUACCUGGUUGAACCCUUUCUGACCGGACAGCCUCUAGCUCCGUGGCUUUCUCAGUCGCUGGCAGAAUCCGUCAGUGGGCGUUUCUUAAACUUCUUCCAGCACAAAAGUUCUUUGACGCCUAGUCUCCGCCUAGUCUCCCUGCGCGGAAGCCUUCUGCGCAGGGAGGGUGUGGGCAGCGGAGGACCCGUACUCUCUCCGCUGGUCUCCGGCGAGGAGUCUUGGAGCCUCCUCUCCGAUUCCCCCAUCUGCCCCCCUUCUCUACUGGUGUUAUGCUGAUUUCCUUCCCCAGCGGACGGGCUGCCUCUCUUCCUACUGGGACCCUCUCCGGCAUCCCUUUGGAGCCUUCCCUCCGCCUCUAGCUCCGAUGGCAGUUCCCUGACAUGCAGUGAAGGGCCAUCCACCCAGAGACCCUCUAAGCAAUUCUGAUAUGUGUGGCUCCACAUAUGUACACCAUGAAGGUGCUUACAAAGCAAGGAAGGUUUUGCACAAAGAAGUCAAGUUACGUGCUGCCUGGUUAGGUAGAAAAAAAUGGCAAGUACAGUUUAGGGUUAGGAUACCUAAGGAACUUUUUGUUGUUGUUGUUUAGUCGUUUAGUCGUGUCCGACUCUUCGUGACCCCAUGGACCAGAGCAUGCCAGGCACUUCUGUCUUCCACUGCCUCCCGCAGUUUGGUCAGACUCAUGUUUGUAGCUUCAAAGACACUAUCCAACCAUCUCGUCCUCUGUCGUCCCCUUCUCCUUGUGCCCUCCAUCUUUCCCAACAUCAGGGUCUUUUCCAGGGAGUCUUCUCUUCUCAUGAGGUGGCCAAAAUAUUGGAGCCUCAGCUUCACGAUCUGUCCUUCCAGUGAGCACUCAGGGCUGAUUUCCUUCAGAAUGGAUAGGUUUGAUCUUCUUGCAGUCCAUGGGACUCUCAAGAGUCUCCUCCAGCACCAUAAUUCAAAAGCAUCAAUUCUUCGGCGAUCAGCCUUCUUUAUGGUCCAGCUCUCACUUCCAUACAUCACUACUGGGAAAACCAUAGCUUUUACUGUACGGACCUUUGUUGGCAAGGUGAUGUCUCUACUUUUUAAGAUGCUGUCUAGGUUGGUCAUUGCUUUCCUCCCAAGAAGCAGGCGAACUACUGGCUCCCAAAUGAAUCUGCAGGUGGAGAUCUAUCUUAGAGGCCCUUUCUUGGAUCCCCUUGCCUUUUGUGAUGGUGAGGGGACCUGCUCUUUCCAGGAGUGGUGUCCUGGCUUUGGAAUGCCUUCUCCAAGGGAGGCUUGUGUGAAGCUGACUUUCUUUUCAAUACUAGGUAAAAAAAUUCUGUGUGUUUGCCUGGACCUUUUGGAUUCUAUUUUAGUGAGUGUCUUACCUUGCUUUCUAAAUAUUGCAGCUCUGUCUUACUGUUUUGAGUGUUUUGUUGUUGUUUGUUAAUUUGUGAGAUGCUGCAAGAACUCUUCAGGGUUUAUGAACAGUGUGGAAAUAUAUAACAGUGAUAAUCCUGGACUCUUUUCUGAUCCAAACAAUGUUAGUUAGAUGCUGAGUAGAACUCCUUCCAUUGACUGGGUGAACUUUGUCCCAUCUCUAUGCUGUCCAACAUAUCGUACCUGCCUGUGGCGAUUAAUUGCCUCUAGAGAAAGUGGGGUAUCUGUUGCCUACAAGACCCACCCCAUCUCACUGUCAGGUAUAAAAAUUUCCCAUUCUGCAUAAGGAUUCCCUCCACCUGUAAUUUCUAACUGGCAUAAGUGCAAUAAUUUCAUUUGGACUUGGUUCUUUGAUUCUGCGUUAGCUGACAUUCUCUAUCGCUUCACCUUAGCUGACAUCCUCUAUCAUUGUGAAAAGGUGUGAAUUGCUAUAUCACUGGAAAAUUUAAUUGCCUUGCCGGCUGCCACAGUGGAAGUGUGGUGGGGUAGACUGGUUGAAUGUUUUGUUCAUCUCCUUAUGUUUCAUAUGUCUUGAGACCUGGAGAUUCAGUUGCUGGAAAGGAGAAGUUGGGAGCUAGUGAAGCUGAAAGUUGAUCAUUCACUCUGCGUUCUGCUUCUACUGUUUGCUGGUAAUUCUUGGCAGAUGCAUAUCUAGGAGUUGGUGACAACCGCCCCCCAUCAACUAUCAGACAUAUGGAGCAUAUGACAUAAAAGGGCAAAAGGUAAGUAUGUCUCAAAACCAGGCCUGUAAACAACUUGAAUUGAAUAUAGUCAGUUUCAUCCAAGGGUGAAAAGAGUUGUCCAGCCACCAUUCCUCUGCAACUGACGUUCAACAUUUCAUGGCUGCUGAGCAUACUCAGUCUCCAUUGGAUGGGGUGUUUUUCUUCCCACACCCCCUGCCCUCUGGUUUAGGUUGUAUGUUGUUUGUAUUUCUGUAAACAUCAAGGUUUCCUUGAGUUGCAAAUACACUCCCCUUUUCUCGUGUCUGUAAUCCCAUUUUGACCUUAUUUCUGUCUGCAGCCAGCACUUGAUGUUAUUAGGAGGAGCUUUAAUGUUAUUUAAGAAGUCUCUUCCAGCCAUGUAACUUCUUUUUUAAAAAAGAGCUCCUUGCUACAUGCAUUCAGAGAUGGUACAGUCUUACAAAGGAUGGCACUCUGCGGCUUGCGUGUGACCUCGUUGCCAGUCAAUAUGACUGCUUGCUUCGUGUAGCAUUGUUUGUCAUAGUAAUUUGGCAUGAAUCUGGAAAAUGACAGAUAAUUUCCUGAGAAAUUUGGGCCACUUAAAUCGUAACUUCCCAGUAGUGUGUCCUUCAAAUAACUUAAAACUACUCAUUGUUGAUUGGAUACAAAGAGAAUGCAUACUGUUUACAAGGGAAAUGAACUUCAUGCUUGACUUGUGACACUGACUUGAAUGAUCAGGCCAACUUUUCUACUUUUUUUAUAUAAAAAAAGCCUGCCCCCACAAUGCAUAUAUCCUGCUCUUCUUAAUUACCUCCAUGACUGGUGCAAUAUUCAGCUUGAAGGCUUAUAUCCAAAAUAUAAUGCAAACAGUUCUUCUUCUUUUUUGCAAGAACUAGGUCACCCAAGGGGUGACAAUGUAAGAGCGCCAUCACCUAGGUAAUGUAUCUUGUUGCCAUGGUGACCCUAAAGGCUGCAUCAGUCAACAGCUUUCAAAAUUUUGACAGCUGACUGAGACUGAAGGUUUUAAUGAGGACAGACACUUGGUUAGUUUCAAUAGCCAAGUACUCUAAAAAUAUUCUUCCACCUUGUUAAUGUUUCUAGAAUGUAAAUUAAUAAUUUAGGUCUCCCUCUGUGCAGUUCCUGACACUCCAAAGCAAGAUUGUUGAAGGAUAAUAAUGUUAGGCUGGUUCUCCCAUUUGAUAUGGCUUCCGCUGGUCAUGAAACCCCUGAGGUCAUAAUGUGGUAUUUGCUGGUCCUUUUGUCAUAUUCCUAGGAUAACUAUUGUGCUGGUACAGAAAGACCUCUGUCUCUUCAUUGCUUUCUCAGAUGGAUAACGCAGAUGUGAAUAUCUUGUAAUACUUGCGGAGGGUAGUUAACACCAUAAUUUUCAUAAUGGUGGUCUUAAUUGCAGAUUAUUUGUCUUUAUUUGCUAUUGUGUCUUUAUAUUAAUUGUUAAUACACUGUAGCAUCUCUCAAGCAGUGUGUUUUCCUAUUGUUGCUUUUAAAUGUUUGGACCACAUCUGUAAACCUGAGUGGCCUGCUGUCCUCUCCUAAGAACAAGUACGGUAUAUCCAUUAAAAAGGGUUAUUGGCCAAUUUACAUUUUUCUACUGUCUAACUUUUAAUUGAGUUUCAUUGGCUAAAGCAAUGUUAUAUCCCAAUACUAGUAAUUCUGAGCCCAUCCACAAUUUCAAGUGAUUUCAAGUCAGGGUUCCAAUAGGGGGUAUUUUGUCCCUCUACUUUCCACAGGAAAACUACUGUUUACUGCUGAAUUGGAACAAACAUCAAUUGGGUUUUCUGUGGCUUGACAUUUGUUCUGAUUCAGCUGUAAAGAAUGUGUUUUCCCAGAGAAGGCGGCAGGACAACAACAACAAAAUCAACCCUCUCGUACCCGUGACUUGGAAUCAAGGGACAACAGGACUGUGGAUGGACCCACAAUUGAGGCGAUUUAAGCCAGCAGUAGUUCUGUUUGCUAAUUAAUGCAUGAAAAACACACAUUGUUUAAACCCAUGGUCUAAAUCCAUCAAAGGGAGAUGUACAGAAAUCUGUUAACAAUGAAAAUUGGCACUGAGUACUUAAAAUGAACAGAUACUGCUGAUUUAACACAUGUCGUGAACAUUGAUUUUCUAAAUGAUUUUUUUCAGCCCUAAUUUUCCUAUCUCAAGGAACUUUUUGUUGUUGCAGAUAGUUCCCAAUCAUUAUCAAUAACCACCUAUACUCCUACCCCUAUUUCCCUUUUUAUGCGUUAAUUUUCAAGAAGGGUGCUCUCACAAUCAAGGAGCUUUGCAGCCACAUUGCUGGCCCUGCCUCCAGAGUUUCAUGGUUUUCUUUGUCUGCAUCUUAUUUGCUGCCAGUGCUUUUUUGCGGGGGGAACGCAGGGGUAUGCAUACCUCUUAACAUUUUGUGAAUCUUUGUACUUUUGUCCAUUUACUGUAUUUAUUUUUCCCAAUUUGUACUAUACAAUGGUGCUUUUCUUGAGUCAAAGUGAGAGUACCCCUAAACGUCUUUUUAGGAAAAAAGCACUAUCUGCGGCAGUCUGCAGAGGCCCAUAGACCUCAUUUGAAACCUUGGUCAUGCUGGCCCUGGGGAAGGUGACAUGUGCAGAUGUGUAUAUGUGUCGGUUCCCCCUGCAGAUGUCCAAUUCUAAUACACAGAUAGGCUGGUUGGUCUAAGAGGGCAACUGGGGCAAUGUUCCACAGCCUCAGCCAGGCCUCACCCGCUUGUUGUGUUGUUUACAACCAGUCUAAGGGAUGGCACAACCUGCCAGCUUCCUCCUCCUUAGUCCCAGUGUUGCUGUUAUAGAACUCAAAAGGGAGGAGUAUCAGGACAAAACAGAAUUAGUUGGCUCUGGCCGCCAUUGGCUUUGGCUCCCUGCUGUCUGCCAAUCCAAAUGGGCACCAGCCACUACUGGGAAACAAGGCCAGGGGUGGCCCCCAGUGCCCCUUGAUCAUGUGAAAAGCCCUUCAUGUGAGUUAACAUGUGAACAUGGCACACACCUAUUAUCCUCUUCUGCGCUUCUGAAAGUGGCGAAUUCUCCACAACUCCUGCUUUUCAGAAUAUAAGUAUAAGAGAGAAACCAGGCAAACGUUACACAGUUCUAAUCAUAAUAGAAUGACCUGUCUUGGAUAAUGUCUUAAUAGGGAAUUGUACAUUGUGUAACUCCUAGCCAUAUAAUGGUUUUCCUCCAGCUAGUGUGCUUGCUAUGUCGGCAACUGCUUUUCGGUAAAACUGCACAGCCAGGAAAUUUGCUCCCAUCAUGUCCCAGAACUAAAAACUGGGAUGCAACAAGUCUUUGUGGAAAGCGAAACGUGUGUGUGUGUGUGAGAGAGAGAGAGAGAGAGAGAGAGUGUAACUCAACAAGCAGCAUGGAGAAGCAGCACACAGAGAAGAUGCUUUAAUGAGGCAUGCUUAGUACGAAAGCUUUGGAAAGCACAGUGGUCAGAGUUUGAAUUUGUGUGCGCGCGACAUGCCCACAAAUGCUGAGUGCUUGGAUUACUCCGUCAGUAAGCAGUAAACACAAAAAGCAGCCUGUUCAACAAGUCACUGAAAUAGAAAUGCUGGCCUUUGUGGAAUCACAUAUGUAUGUUCCUUGAAGCACAACUGCUGUUUGCUUUGCAGCCAGUGCCAAAAGCUGCCAGCCUGCAGCCAGGAAAGCGGUGGUGGUGGGGUGGGGGAGUAAAAGCCUUCAACAGCUGUGUAUGACUAGGGCUCCUGUUUCCCAUUCUGUCUGCCAUUUCUUAAUGCUGUUGUUUAAACCUUCUCUUUGAGCCCUCCUGAGGUUGACAGCUAUGAGGCUGAUCCUGUGAUUAGAUUAAAGUUAGCAGUAGCUCUUGGUACCUUUCUUGCACGAUAGCGGUGUAUUUAAUUUACUGCAUUUAUGCACAGUCCAUAGGUCCAUAUUCAAGGCUACAGUUCUGUUGUGCUCAUAUUUAGUGCUUUUUAAGAGGGGAAAAGGUGUCAGUGCUCACCAUGAAGUUGUUAUAGUAAGUGCUUCACUUUUAACAUUUGGGGAGGAAAUGGUGCUGGAACUCCAGACCCUUGAGUAUCUCCAGAAAAAACACUGCCAUAUUGCAUUUUUCCAGCUUUGGAAGUGCUGUAUUUUGCAGUGUGUGUGUGUGUGUGUGCAAUUUUUCGCACAAGCUGCACAUUAAUUGCCAUUAUGAUCACCAUGUGUCAGGAGGACCACCAGCUGGUAAAGUAAUUUGUGUAAAGCAGUCGGUGAUGAGUGAUCCAAAUCAGUUGUUGCAGCCACAAUGUAGAAUGAGCCUUCUGGCGAACACCAGCAACGCUGUCCCCAUCUCCUACAGCAGCAGGGCCUGCUAUUUUGUCAAGCAUUUUUAGUUUGAUGUUCAUUACCUUUGUAGUCAAUUGGUUCUAAAAAUAGUUCAGAGCUUGUACCUGUCUUUGCAUGAGGAGGCUUAAUCUUGCGCCAGCCUGGUCUUCUCUAUUGAGAAGAGUGAGGAGGUCGGACUUGUAGGGACAAGUAAAAAUGCCCUUGGCUCUCCUGAGAACCACUGGGAUUACAAGCUUGAAUUCUUGCCUUGCCUGUUGUACAGGCAUUGUCUUGGUGCACGGAAUAGCAGGCAAAAGAUGCUCAAUUUUGGCCAGUUGCUACAAUGACUGAUGAGGAGCUUAGAUCCAUUUGCUAAAAACCCCAGUUCAAAAAGCCCCAGUAACUUGAACUGAAAAGGGACUUGUAGAAGUAUGGUGCAAAAGCUAAAGUACAAGUGGUGCGUGCAUCAUGUAAGCUGAAGCCAUCCGUCAUCUCUGACCUCCUUGUGCUCAGGGCGAUGCCAGCUGCUUCCACAGCCUGGUUGCUGUGGUUCAAAAUGUAUGCUAGUGACUGCUUUGGUAAAUGGCUUUCACGGCCUCUCCCCCAGUUUAAUAUGGUUUCUGUGGGCCAAUGACUGUUUGCCCCUCUGCUCUCCAGAUUGGUAAUUUGCACAUGCCAUUUUAAUUUUAAUGCACGGAGGGUUAAAAUUUCCUGUAGCACAGGACUGAGGUUGAGUUUACAAAUUACUGAGUGGCAAAAAGGCACCUGUAAGAAAGGCUCUUCAGGUGGCAAUUUUCUGUGCCCACCAGAUUUCUGAGCAUAGGCUGUUGUUAUGUAAUGUAUAUAUUGCUAAAUGCCAAAAUAGGCUUCUAAGCGGAUGGAGAAAUAGAGAGAACAUUUUUACCUUAAGGAAAAGUUGCAGUUCUAUCAAGAUACUAUUACAUGCUGCCCGCUAUUGCUGUCUUUUAACAAACAGUAAUUAAAAACAAUCUUUCAUGCUAGCUACCACUCCCUUCUCCUUCUUAGUGCAAGGAAUGCUCUGAGGCAUGACUUUCAAGGAAACAGAGCGUGCUUGAACUACCCUUCAAGGCUAGUAGACCAAUACAGUGAAUGCUGGUGAGCCGUCAUAACAACAGACGGAGUAGGAGUCUUCCGCACUGGGCUGACUUUCCAGAAGCUUGAUCAGUCACAUGGUUUUUCUGUUUAGAUGCACAUAGGAGGGACCUCGUUGCCAUAACUAUACUUUUGAAUUCAGAUUGGCUGAAUGCUGCAGAGACCUUAUUGGCCAGAUAACAGUAGGUGGAACAAGAUGUUUGCAGAGCUUCUCCAAAUAUAAUUAGAAGUGUAAAAUGUGUAUGGGACAGGAAGGAGCAUGAUGCUUUGAACUCUUAGGGGCACAGCAGCAGCAGCAGCAGCAGUAACAACAACAACAACAGUCUUUGCUUGACAUUCUCCUUGGGCGGGCUGUGACCCAGCCCAGCACCUCUUGUGGACUAGUAUCCACUGCAUGGGGUACCUGUGAAGAUGGGAAACAGCAGCUAGUGCAGAAUUUAGGGGCUGGAAGGUUGUUGGCUGGAAGUAGGUUUGAUUGUAUCCUUCUCUUCCAUGCUGCCCACUGUUGCUGUAUAAUUUCUGGCCUACAAAUCAGCUGAUGUGUGAUGGCCGCAUUAGAAACAACCGGGGGUGGGGGAUGGUCAUGCAUAACAUAAUGUCCAUAUACAGUAUAACCCAUUUGACAUGCAAAUAUGCCUGCUUUUGACACAUGCUUAUUUUGACCCUCCCCUUUCCACAAGCUUGUUUACAUGAAUUGGGCCUCUGGAGUUUUACAUCUUGGGUAGCAUGACUUAAUGUAUUUCUAAUCCAGAUACAGUAGGUCUGUUUUGCCAGCGUUGCUUUCCAUAUCCUUUUCUGUGCCUCCUUCCACUUUCCCCUCCCUCAGAUGCAAACAUCUGCAUACUGCCUCUGCUAGGCCAGGGAAGAGUAAAAACUAGCCGUAAGCAAAGCAAGCCCACCCCCCUUCACAACAAUACUUGGGGGGGGGGGAAGCUGUGCAUAAAUAUCCAAUCUCUGCAGUGGCACAGACGUGCUGUGACUUCUUAUGAAUGUUGCACUGUGAAUAUUAAGUUGCAUUCCUGCACAUUCAGAGGCUGUUGCCCUGAUCCUGCACACUCUGAAGGGAAGGGGAAAGGCCCGUUAGGAUGUCUAAUUCCUGUUAGGAAUACAAAGUUUUCUAUUGCGGUGUGUUCUCUAGGAUUUUGUCCACUGGCUUUUAAUGUCUUCUCUGCAGAGACAUGCUGUGACUUAAAAAAGGAAAGAAUCGGACUUACUGACUGACUCCUGCUUGGUUAGGCCAGAUUUCAAUGCCUUUGCUUUCAAAGGCUUCUGUCCUUUCUAAUCACACCCCAUGUUAACACCAGAUCCCAUUCUUUAAGCAGGAUUUGUUAACUUCAGGGGAAGGCACCUGAUUAAUGGCAGAGAUCCUGUCGAACACAACCUCUCUUAAAAAGAAAAAGGGAAAAGAAAUUUCUUGUAGGAGACUGGAGCAAUUAGAACCUGUCCUUAAUUCCUUUUUAUGUAGCUAAAUACAUUCAAGAGAGGGCAAUUUAAUAUGACAACAAAGGUGAUGUCAAGUUUCUGUCUUCAUUACAUUAAAUGUUCUUCAUUUUAAAGCCUAAUUUCCAGAACUGAGACAUUUUGCUGUAGCUCCAGAGUCCUUGUUCUCUGAAGGGGGAAAAAAUCAACCUCCACCACCAGCUUGGCCUUAAUUAUACAGCUUGUCUAGUUAACAGCUUGUCACUUUUUCUUUCUCUUAUUGUUCAUAUUGAAUAGUCAUUUAUUAGUGUCAUUAGCUUUCCUUUCCUGAAGGGCAAGUAAACAAAAGCCUAUCUUCUGAGAACUGAUCAAAACCUCUGUUAGAAUUAAUUCUCAGGCAGGGAAAAUUAGCAUUUUGCACCUCUUCCAUUUUUAUUCCUAGGUGUGCAUUUCUUUUUACAUUUUUGAGCUGGCAUCGUAGAGCUGUCUAAAACCUAUCAAAUGGCCUAGCUUGCUUGUCGACUCCCACCCAGGUCUACAUUUUCAGAACUGAUUGGUGACAGGGCUUCCAAGCACAUUAUUGAAUGGGAAUUUCACAUGCUGCUGCUUGCUAUACUAUUACUACUACUGCCUCAGUGUUUUGGCCCUAAAACAGGACCACGAGAGGCUCUGAAAAAGCACAAGCUAUUAUGUGGUUGGGAUAGUCUUUCCCUAUCAUCUAGGCCUUAGAGUUGGCACCAAACUCUGAGGUGAAAAUCUCUGGAAGAUCUUUGUUGAAUGAUGGCUCAAUUAAAAGCACUUAGCCAGUAUAAAAUUCCAAUAAUAAUAAUAAUAAUAAUAAUCCACUGUGAUGUAGGAGAAGGACCAGCAGGAAACCGACAAAAGAUUUAUCAAAAGUGUUGGUGUUGACCUUUAAAGCCCUAAACGGCCUCGGCCCAGUAUGCCUGAAGGAGCAUCUCCACCCCCAUCAUUCUGCCCGGACACUGAGGUCCAGUGCCGAGGGCCUUCUGGCGGUUCCCUCGCUACGAGAAGCUAAGUUACAGGGAACCAGGCAGAGGGCCUUCUCGGUAGUGGCACCCGCCCUGUGGAACGCCCUCCCACCAGAUGUCAAAGAGAAAAAUAACUACCGAACUUUUAGAAGACAUCUGAAGGCAGCCCUAUUUAGGGAAGCUUUUAAUGUUUAAUAGUCUAUUGUAUUUUAGUGUUCUGUUGGAAGCCGCCCAGAGUGGCUGGGGAAACCCAGCCAUAUGGGCGGGGUACAAAUAAUAAAUUAUUAUUACUAUUUACAGGGGAGGAGGAGACAAGAGGACUGUGGCUGUUGGAAGAUGAAUUCUCAAACUCACAAGAGUCAGGUGGUUUGGGAAGUCAUGGAGGUAGUGACACUGAAGAGGGUUCAGAAACACAAGAUCUAGUGCCCUGUGGUCUUUGGAAGGGUCACUGUUGUCUUUUGUCCAGUAAGGACUCCCACACAAUUCUGCUUUCCCUGUUGUUUACAGAUGAAUCGGAGCAAAUGUCCCUCAGGUUUCCUCUGGAUUGACGUUUGCUCUGAUUUAGCGCUAAAGAGCGGGGUUUUCAGGGAAAAGUGGUGGGGCAACAGCAGAACUGCUUGAACCCAUGCCUAGUAGGCACGGGACAAAUGGAAAACCGAUUGGAUUCAUGCUUUCUAGGCAUGGGGCAAGUAGAAGUGUGGCGGAGCCCAAAAUCUAACAGCAUUUAGGACUAACAGCAUUGAUGGUGUAACUGAGCCCUGACAUGAAGCAACAACAGCCAGUGCUGUUGCUAAAGGUGCUUUUAUUUGCCUGCCUUGUUCAAGGGUGCUUCCAGAAGCUGGCUUAAUAUUGUAAAUGGACCACUGAGGUGUCACAAACAGGUCCAUAGGCUUCAUAAUAACAGCAAUGUCAAAACAGCAACGUACGGUAAAUGUUACUGCAUUAAAAAGCAUUUCAGUACAUAAAAUGUAUCAACAUUACUCUUCCUGGCAAUAGCAAAAAUAGCAAAGGAGUUUGAACAGUUCUGCCUUGGUCCUAGAUGUUCCAGCCACUGCUGUUUUGUCUGCUGCACAUUAGCCAAGGAUCAAGUCAGUGUGAUCAAAUAUAUUUGUCUUGACUUCCCCCACAAACCACUGCCCUGUUGACGUUACCAGUCAGGCAGCAAUUCCUCCUGUGGUCUUACUCAGCUUCCCCUCCUGCUGCAGUUUCUUACACGGCUUCCAAGGGCAGGGGAGCUGGAAACACUCCUCCCAUGAUGUUACGACAUAUAAGUCGUCAUGACCAAUAUCAGGCCACUGAGAAGAGCCUUAACUGUGUUUUGCAACAUAUCGUUGAUCAAGAAUCUCAUUUAGUGUAGGCUUCCUUCACAAGAAAUAUGGCAGCUGCCCCAAGACCUGUGCACAUGUUAUGGCUGCCAUGUGGGAGCUGCUUUAAAUACCUAAAAAGGUGGGUCUCUCCACAUAUCAAGCUGAAGGAAUAUAAAGCUCUCUUCACUGCACUGCAAUGGAGGCCUUGCUGGCAGUGCCACCACUCUUUGCUGUUUGAGGAGCAGUGUUGUUGGGAGGUGGCCUUAUUUGUAGUGGCCCCCACAUUGCAGAAUGGCCUCCCUUCUGAGGAGCCUCUUGUCAACUGUUUGACGAUUGGUCAAAACAUAGCUCUUUACCCAGGUCUUUGGUUGAAUAGGUGUCUUCCCUCUGACUAUAUUGCUGUUCUCUGCUGCUGUUUCAUUAAUUUUGUUAUUGGUUAGUUUUGUAGUUUUGCUGCUGUGAUUUUAGUUUGAAUUGUGCUUGCUUCAGUUGUGACAGUUUUGGUGGGCUUUAAAUACAAAACAAACAAAUAAUGAGUAUUUAAAGUUGUGAAAACAUGGGCUUUUAUGCUUAUUGUGAAGUCAUCAUGUGACAACUUGUUUGUUUAUUGACAGCUUUUAUAUGCCACCCAAACAAUGGGUAGCUUACAAGCAAUGAAAGCAUUAAAAUCCAUGAACUGCAGAACUAUAGAAACAUUAAAUAAAUUCCAGCGUAAAAAACAUUCAGCAGCAGAACAAUGUCACUAAAACUUAUCUAAAUUUCAGUGGAUUUAGAAACUUACAAAGCCUGGAAAUAUAAAAAGUAUUCUCUUGGUGCUGUGUAAAAUCCAUAGCGAAGACACCUAAUUUCAAAAUUAGGCUGCCACCACUGAGAAGGCCCUUACCACAUGUUGUGCCUCACUUGGUGGGGGCACCAGGAGAAGUGCCUCCUUUUCUGCAGGCAUGACUCCCAGUCCAAUGCAAUUGCUCUAAAAUUAGCAAAGGCAGGCAGCGCUGAGGCAAAGGAACUACCCAACUAUUUCACAGUGAGCAGGACUCAAGUAUGCCUUUGCUUGGCACCUGCAGUCCUUCUCAGAAUGGUUGUUUGAAUAGUCCUGAAAAAAGUCAUUCUUCGAGGUUCAAAUCACAUGGGCAGUUGCCAGGGAUGUGAGUUUCACAUUCCGAGCCAGUAUUCACAUGCAAUUGGAAAAUCUAGACUCUAUUGCUUGCACGCUAUAUGCUUGCAAUGUAUAGAAUUCUUUAUGACAGUCCACUGAGCCCCUCCCUGUACUUAGUUUAGUUCCAGGGAGCUUCCUGCUUGGGGUUUAGCUGCUGGAAGAUCAGGAAUGGCAGGUAUCAGGCAUGCAGCUAUGCAUGUUUGCUCUGAAGCAGCUUCCACUAUAUCCAAUGGAAGUAACUUCCAGGUUAAUGUACAUGUGAUUUCAUUAUUCUUUUUUAGAUACGACUGGGACAAACCUUGUUACGUUGAGUUCAUAUUUUGCACAAUUUGUAUAUGGUGUUUGUUUGAUAAUGUGUGGUUUGCUAUGCCUAAUAAAGGAUCUUGAUUGAUUAUUCUUUUUUCCAAACAUGGCGCUUCUCAAAUUUUUGCUUUGCAGCCUUUCUAUUAUGUACUUCAAAGGUAUGCUCAACACAUUCCAUGUGUUCUUUGUGGUUUGCUGCUUUCAGGACCCUGUAGUUUGGCAGAACCACCACUGAAAUCCGUGGCUGGGAAGGUUUACGUUGGUUGUUUCUCUUAGCCAGAUGAAGGAGCUCAGCAGGGCUGGCGGGUUGCAGUUUCACACACACAUGCAAACACGCACAUUGCCCCUCUUCCUCCACUUAGCAUUUUGUUGUGUUAGCAGAGGGGGCACUGGCAGUCUCACCACCUCGCUCUGAAGAAGGGCCAAGUGUGAUGAGCCAACACUAAUAGAAAACAAAGACGAAGAGUUGAAGGGGCUCACAGGACGUGCUAAGGUUCACAACGAUGGAAAAGUAUAAUGCCCUUGAAAUGCAAUGAUAGUUCCAUUGGAACCCAGGAUCUUCAUCAGAACCUGGCACCUACAUUUCACACUGAUUCCACCUUGUGGCCCACUUGGCCCAUACGGUGGCAUGCCUAUGGGGCAGGUGUUUCCACAUGUUUACAGACAACUCUUCACAGCCCCUUAGGGCUGCUUAGGGGAGGCGUGCAGGAGUAGAGGCUUCUUUUUAAAAAGCUGCACUAUGAAAAUACCAAAUGUUGGUCUACUUGUGAUGUGAUACACUUUAGCUGCACAAUCGUCACAUCUAGACUUCAUAAUGCAGACAAAGACCCUUUCUCUGGAAGCCCUUGGCAUACAAAUGCGAGCUGUCCUGUGGUCAAAUAAUGAUGUCGUCGUACUGUGUGCUCUUUGUAUUCUGUGGUAAGCACUUCUCACUUAUUUCGCAGUCCGCUGAGCAGUGGUGUCAAAGGGGCUGUUCUAGGAAUUUGGUUCUCCUGAAGCUGAGGGAAACCUUUCCGUUCAUAUGCUGAAAUAAUUCAGUUGUCUUGAAUCCUGCUGCCACAACAAAAAGUAGUUAGUUGACUUUUCAGUUCUUAAGAAAAGCUCCUUCCUCGUGUUGCAUAGUUUCAGGAUGUGAUGACUCGCCUGGGAAAAGAGCUGUGUUUCCUAUUGAAAUUGUGAGUUGGGAAAGUCUUUGCUCUGAAUGACUGUUCUUCUAGGGGUGGUCUUGGUCUGCACAACUGAUUUUUUCUUCAUCUUCUGCCAGGUGCUAAUGAAAGGUGCAAAGGUUGGUGGUGAGCAUUCAGAUUUUUUUUUUUAUUUCCUUUUUAAAAAAAUUUUAUUUUCUUGUUUUACAGAAGUGUAAUGCCUCGUAUUUUUUUUCUCCAUGUAACAUUUUUACAAAUCUGUUUCAUUUGUUGAGGCAUUAGGGGGAGAAGAAAAAAAGGAAAAAGAAAGGGGGGGUGGAGAGAGGGAAGAUGGAUGGGGGUGGGGUCGGGUGGCGGUGUUUCUAUUAUGUUUAAUGUAUGUAGAGUUUGGUGUCAGCGUUGCUUGUGUUGUUCACUUGUGUUCCUUUGGUGGUGAGAGAGGUUGGGGUUGGCCUAGGGUGUGAUUGUUUGCUUGUGAUUGGCUGUGGUGAUCUUUGUUUUCGUGUGUGAGUGAGGUGGGUGGGUGUUUUGGAUCAGGUUAGCCAUAUUGAUUUGUAUGCUGUUGGUGGAUUAUUGUCAUUGUCCUGUUGGGCUGUGUAUGUGAUAUAGGGAGCCAUACUGGGGUGAAGGCGUCUUCUUCUGUUUGUCCCCGUGUCAGUUUCAGUUUAUUAGUUAAUUUUUCUAGUAGGGCUGUUUCCCAUACUAUUUGGUACCAUUGGUCCAUGUUUACUCCUGACAGGUCUCUCCAGUGUCUGGUUAUGGUGUUUCUGGCUGCUGAAAGUAGGUGGGUUAUGAGUUCUUUGUGGUGUAAAUGGGCAUUGUUGUCUUGGAAGAUGUUUAGUAGGGCCAAUUCUGGGGUGAUGUCUAUUACUUGCUUAGUUAUUUUACAUAUUUCUUGUAUGGCUGUUGUCCAGAAUAGUUGGAUUUUGGGACACUCCCACCACAUGUGGAGGUAUGUGCCUGUGGAGGUGCACCCUCUCCAGCAUUUUGGUGAGGUUCCUGGGUGUAUUAGCGCUAGUUUCCUUGGUGUUAGGUACCACCUGUAGGUGAGUUUCAGUGUGAGUUCUUUUCUUUUCGUUGAUAUGGAUUUAAAGGGGGUUUAGACCACAUUCUGGUCCAUUGAGUGGGGUUAAUCUCAUAGCCUAUGUCAUUCUCCCAUUGUUUUUUGAUUGCAUCUAGGGAUUUGCGGGAUUUUGGAGUAGUAUUUUGUAUAUUGCGGAUACCGUCCCUUUACCGUUUCCCUUUGUUGUUAGGAAGAGGUUUUCGAAGGUUGUCAGGGGCCUAGUUGCUGCUGAUUUUACUGUUGGGUUGUUUAAGAGGGCAUGUAGUUGGUGUUGUGUUAACCAGGGCAUUUGGGUGUCUUCUAGUUUGUCUUGUAUUUCUUGUGUUGACAAGGGUUUGUUAUUUUUAUAAAAGUCUAUUAGGCGAUAUAAGCCUUUGGUUUGCCAGGCUUUUAUCUGGAGGUUUUGUGCUGCAUGGUGGAAUAAUGGGUGGUACGCCAGGGGGAUUAGUGGGGAUGGGGUUGGGGAUAGUUUGCCUAUUUGUGUUUUCCAUGCUUUGAGUGUGGUCUGUGUGUACCUGUUAAGUGUUGUGGGAAUUUUCUUUAGUUUGUUUGGGAGGAGUGGGUAUGUCGUGGUGCAGGUAUUUUCAAUUGUGUCCCUCUCUAGGUGUACCCAUUGUUUUGUCUCAUCUUCUAGUAUAUAUGGGAUUAUAUGGCAUAUUUGGUUGGCAUUGUAAUAUGCUUCUAUGUUGGGGAUUCCCCAUCCUCCUUCUGAGGUGGGGAGGUGCAGGUUUUUGAGGCUUAUUCUUGGUUUUUAUGUGAGAAGAUGAAAGAGUGUAGUUUUCUCUGCCAACUGCGAAGUUGGGUUGAGGGGAUCCAGAUUGGGAGGGUUUGGAAUAGGUAGGUUAGUUUUGGGAGUGUGAUCAUUUUGAUCAUGGCUAUUUUGCCUGAGAGAGUGAAAUUCAUGUUAUUCCAUCUCUUUAGGUCUUUGUUAAUUUGUCGCCACAGGGGCUUGUAGUUGUGGAGGUACAAUUUAUUGAGGUUUCUGGUUAUUUGUACCCCUAGGUAUCUGAACUUGGUGUGGCAAAGUUUUAUUUUGGUGACCUUCGUGAGUUCUUUUUGGGUGUGAGGAGGGGUGUUGAAGCACAUAGCUUCUGACUUUGUAAAAUUUACCUGUAGGCCCGACACCAUUGCAAAUGUGUUGAGUUCUCUGAUUAGGAAGGUUGCUGUGCUUAUGGGGUCUGGUGUUGUGACCAUUAGGUCAUCUGCAAAGAGCCCUAAUUUAUAGGUUCUGCCUUUUAUUUCCACUCCCUUGAUGUCUGUGGCUGCUCGGAUGCGGAUUGCUAAGGGUUCCAGAGCCAGGAUAAAUAAGAAGGGAGACAGUGGGCAUCCUUGUUUCGUGCCUCUUUGGAUAGCUAUAGUAUUAGAAUCCAUAUUGUUAGUUCUGCAUUUUGCUGAGGCUUGGGAGUAUAUUUGUUUGAGGAUUUGUAGGAAGUUGGGGCCAAAUUUCAUGUUAGUUAGUACUGCUAAUAUGUAUUUCCACUCUAAGCAAUCAAAGGCUUUGAGGAUGUCUAGGGACAUAAUUGUCAAUGGGGGUUUGGUUGCCCUGCUGUGUUCGAUCAGGUUCAGUAGUCUCCUGAUGGGGUCUGUUAUAUUGCGGCCAGGGACAAAGCCAGUCUGGUCUGGGGCUAUUAACUUGUGUAGGAAGAUUUUUAGGCGGUUGGCCAAGAUUGAUGUGAAUAUCUUGUAGUCUUGGUUUAUUAAUGAGAUUGGGCGGUAUGAUUCUACUUUGAGGCUGUCUUUUAGUGGUUUUGGGAUGGAGACUAUUUUGGAGUGGGUCCAGGUUUUGGGGAUGGGGCCCCCUUUUAUGAUGUCGUUGAAUAGGCGGGUCAUGUAGGGCAUCAAGGGUUCUUUGAAUUUCCUGUAGAAUUCUGCUGUGAAGCCGUCUAGGCCUGGGGCUUUGUGUGGUUUCAGGUUUUUGAGGACCGCAUCUAUUUCCUCUGGGGUGAUAGGGCUGUCCAUGAAUUCCUGUUUUUUAAUUUCCUUCUGCUUUUCCUCAGCCCACAUGACAACCAAAGGAUUAAUAGACAGGGUAUUAGAACAGUGAGCAUUUAAGCUGGAGGAUCCAUGUUGCAAGCCAAAUGCAACUGCUGUGGCAGCCUAUGCAUGCAGCUGAAAGCAGGAAUGCAGCAGAGGCAAAAUGCAAAGUAGAAGCAAUGGCAGUAUCUGCUGGAGCAGUACCUGCUGUCCUGAGCUCCUUUAGGAGGAAGGGCAAUAUAUUAAUUUAUUAAGUAAAUAAAAUUUGCCAGUGGGUCUCACUUUGGGGAUUGGAGGACAGUUCAGGCCUUACCCGUGAUGCCUUUUGUUAGGCAGACUAGGCUCAGACCAGUAACGGCCAAGGUCGCACUGCCAACUCCAUGGUUCAUCAAGAAUGUGGACUCAGUUCUCCACAGUCCAAGUACACCAUGCUAACCACUACACUGCUCUUUGCCAGCCGCACUAUACAUCUAAAGCAGUAUCAUACCACUUGAAACAGUCAUGGCUUUCCCUCAAGAAUCCCGGGAACUGUAGUUUGUCAAGGGUGCUGAGAGUUGUUAGGAGAGCCCUAUUCUCACAGAACUACAGUUUCCAGAGUGGUUUAACAAUCCCUCUUCCCAAGGAAUUCUGGAAACUGUACCUCUAUGAGGGGAAUAGGGGUCUCCCUAACAGUUUUCAGCACCCUUAACAGACUACAGCCCCCAGGAAUCCUGGGGGGGCGUGGGUAUGGACACUAUCUGGGGGUGUGGUUAUAGGGGUUGUCACCACUGGUUUAGAGUGAAAGUUGGACUGUCCCAUACCAUCCUUGAUUUUUUGAGCCAUUCCCUGUUGGCUGGAGCCGUGGCAGUUGAAGACAGACAUCUUGCUAUACAGGACUUGGAUUUGCACUUAAACAGACCUUUUGACUCAAUAUUGUUGAUGGCUGCUUCAAGUUACGUCUAUAAGGGGAAGCACAAGUUGGUGCAAUUCUCUGUUCUGUUCCCUCUUCGCCUUCUGAAGCUUUCUUUCCUGAUUUGUGCCAAGACUGCCAGCUUCUAGGGAUGCAAACUUCUACUGCUAGACUCAACGAGAAUCCAGGUUACAAAGAUCAGAAAUACCGGUAAACCUGAAUUUUUCUCUUUCCCUCUCAUACUGCUGCAUUUGUGUCUCUGGCACUGGCCGGCCUGUUUCCAAAACAGCAGCCUGAGGAAGGAAGGUUGGUGGAAUGUCAGAUGGUGAACAAUUUGGGCUAAAGUAUGGGCUUGAGGUUUCUGUUUUUGUCCAAAUCUUCUCUUCUAUUUUUAAACUCUUCCCAUGCUUCAUUUCAGAAAAACAAUGCCCUUGAUUAUCUCCAUUUGCUGUCGCAAUGACACCCAGCAAUCCCUUUUCAAUUGGAGUACCACCCUAGAGGCUCGCUCUGAUUCACUCUCAUGUGGGCGCCUGGGCUGUCACUAAAUUGCUCUCCUUCGGCAGCUCCUGGACGUUUCACUCCUGGCAUUGCAGCUGAAGUCAUGUGAGGCGUGUGGAGAUUUCUAGGCAGAGCACAAGACAAACUUGUUCGUCAAAGAAAGCAGGCGGCCACUGACCUGCUUUCCAAAACACUCCCAGAAAGCUUGAUCCAUGUUGUCACUGCUCAAAUCUUUUAUCUCUGUUAGGCUGGAGUAGUUUGAUUAAUAAGUCUAAAUUAUUGUUGCCAUAUUGGAGAAUGAAGUAUGGGGAAAGGAAAAAUAGGUAAGGUAGGAUUGUGCUUUAUUCCUUUUUUAGGGAACUAACAAACUGGUUAUAAGAGAAUGUGUAAGUUUUUGUGUUGCACAUUACUCUUCACUAGACUUGGCUGGCGGAUAAAGGAACCACCAUUACUCCUAAUCAAAUCAAACAUGCACUGUACAGCAUGUUUAAUGCCAUAUCAAACGUUCUUUUGUUUCACCCACAUAAAUGCUAUUAGAUCAUUAUGGCCGCAAAUACUCUUGCACAGAAAAAUGGUUAUGGAGCUAAAUUGCUUAUUACUUGUAGGUGAGCACCAGACCACUUUAAUCUCUGUCAUAGUAAUGUGUACUGAGACAACCGGAAGCCUCUGAUCUGGUAACUGCUUAAAAGUAGGGGUGGCCUGUAUGAUUUUAGUUUUUGUUUUGAAACUGGUGCUUUUGCAGAGAGCAGAACUAUUUCUCCCUAAAAUCUAUGAACUGAGCAUCGACCAUUUUCUCAGUCCUGUUUACUGCCAACAUUCCCUUAUGUGUGGCCACUUCUGUGCUGCUUAUAUUUUUUAUUGCUGUAUUGUUAUGAGUUUGGGUGCCAGAGUUUGUGGGCGCAAAGCACCCACAAUUCCUGGAUUUAGUAAAUGUUAGAAUUUAAUCAAGGUUUGGAGAACACGAACCCUGGGCAAGCAGCUGGACUCCUGGAAUUUUGCACCACACAGAGGUUGGGGUGGCGUGUAACACUCAUGUCAGGAGUUGGGUUUCGUGCUUCCAGGAGAAAAGACCUGUGAGCAAGGUGUGCCUGGAGCCGAGAUGGAGGGAGGAGCAGCAGCAUUCCUGGAGCAGUUCAGGUUGUUGCUCCCAAGAGCAAAGUCAGCAGCGGACAGAGCAGUAGUGGAACGAGGCAGCUUGACUUCUUGCUUUGGAAAGGAAGUUGUAUGAAAACAUUAUUGUUGAAUGUGUACUUCAAAAGUUUGCUUGCCUUUUGUUUUUCCAGUAGAAUUUUGUUCUCAUAACAACUUGCAACCUGCCUAUUACAUAUUUGCACUUGAAUGUAGCAAAAUUCUUAAGAACCACAUUGCCAAGUCGACAGUUUACAUGACAUCAAAAGUGUGUGUGUGUGUGUGUGUGUGUGUGUGUGUGAGAGAGAGAGAGAGAGAGAGAGAGAGAGAGAGAGAGAGAGAGAGAGAGAUUUGGUUGGCUGAUGACUCUGUAAGUGGCCCCAAAGCUGCUAAAUAUAGGUAUCCUGGCUUAUCACUUGUGUGUAGGCAUGGAAUUGACUUGAAAUUGGAUAGUAGGUUUGACUUAAGUGGCAGCCAGUUACAUACAGUUGUAACAGACGUUUGUUCAGCCCAGUAGAAUUCUUGUGGCAUGUCUGUAUUGUUAAUUAUCAGUGAAAGGGUCUUGGCUUCCCUGAGUUAAUCAAUGGCUGGGAGAGAAACUGGAAGUGAUUUUUCCUGCAGGAUGGUGAGAUCUACCUGCCUUUGGAAACACCAGUCCUUCUAGAACCUUAGGUUGUAUCAGCAGUUAUCUAAAUAGAACACUCCUAGAAGUACUGAGAAAAGUGGGAUCUGCCCAAAAGGAGGGGAUGCGUUCUGUUGUUGUUGACCCAGAGAAACUGUUUUAAUGGGAAGAUUGCUCCCACUGCAGCCUGUAUUUGCUUCCUUUUAUUUCCCUGUUGCGUCAAUUCCAAGCUGUUACGACAAAGAACUCCUGAUGAUACAAGUGAGUGGGGCACAUCUAGGCCUAGAUGAGAGAAGUUCAGGCCAAAUUCCAGGCUAGUGUCUGAUGUCUAGUGAAUUACUCAUCUUCAGAUUAUUUUGCUGCAAUAUUGGUAUAAAAAGGGAACUGUCGGGUCAAAAUCUAAAAAUUAAAAGACAAUCAAGAGAUUGAGGUCUACAAGCACUUCUCCCCAUUUUUCCUGCAAGGUGUUUUCUGUAGAAAACAAUCUGAAGAACAGACAAUGUUUCUUUUGUUUAUAUUGGACUUUAGAAUUUUAGAAUUUGUGAAAUUGCACUGUGUGUGUGUUUGAUUAUAUUUCCAUAGCUACUGAUAUUCCAACAAGACAACUGAUAAUUUUUAUAAGUAUUUAAAUUCUAUGUAAUGUGUGUGUGUCUAUAUGUGUAUGUAACAUAUAUGAGAGUGGGGAGGGGAAGGGAGAGAGAGAGAGAGAGAGAGAGAGAAAUCUAAAUGCAGAAGCCGAAGCUGGUAGCCUUUGCACAGUUAGGCACCUUCACCCUGGCUGUAGUCAGUUGGAUAAGAGCAAUUUAACUGUGCAGGACAGUAGCCAAAGAAACUAUCUGGGCAAUUGAAAAAACACCAAAAACAUUUGUUAAUGUAUAGAUGGUUUGUUAGAAACAAACAUCUAUAUAGUUUUCAUUUGGCUCCAACUCUUCAACUUGCAUGCAAUACAGAAAGGAGAAAGGAUUUCAGGCUAGUAACUUGAUCUACCUUAAAUAGUAGAGUCAUUCGGAAUGAUCAUGUGCUGAUGUAUCCGUCAAGGAUGCUCUACAGUUCCAAUAAACACAUUUACAUAUCACAAAACACACUCCAAGCUUACAGUUUCUUAAAAACUCUAAAAUUCGCAAUUGGGCAGUACCUUUAUUGGGACCAAGCAAAAUGCAACAAAGUGUGUUAUUUUAACAUUUUUUAAUGAAAUAAAUCUAAUCUUUUGACCAAAUGGGGCCCUUCAGGGAGCAUAUAUGCUUUUUGUUUCUUUUUUCUUUUUACUGUAAUACUAGUAUGUGAGCACCCUCAUAUCUGCUAUUUGGAUUCCCUGUUAUUUUUUCCAAUUUAAACAUUAUGACUAUUCUUUUCGAAAGAUUCCGGUUUUACACCUCCCCACACCACACCCCCAUACAUUCAAAAACUCAAGCCCUUUUAAAAAACCGACUUUUUCCACUGUCUUCCAAAACCCUGGCAAAAAUAAUGAGAAAAGGUCUGUGUGGAAAAGUCUUUUCUGCUUAUACCCCCCAAAUGCAUAUUUGCUCCAGGGUCAAUUUUGGAUAGCCCAUGUUGCAUUACUCCAGCACCUUUCUCAGUCAGGAAAGGUCCUUCUGUAAAGUGAUGCGGUGAUGGAGGACCCCUCUACAGUGGUACCUUAGGUUAAGAACUUAAUUCAUUCUGGAGGUCCGUUCUUAACCUGAAAAUGUUUUUAACCCGAGCUACCACUUUAACUAAUGGGGCCUCCCACUGCCACCGCGCCGUCAUCGUGCAAUUUCUGUUCUCAUCCUGAAACAAAGUUCUUAACCUGAGGUACUAUUUCAGGGUUAGCAGAGUCUGUAACCUGAAGCGUCUGUAACCCGAGGUACCACUGUAUAUAAAAAAGAGCACUUCCGAGAGUUCAGGUGCUUAUAUGAAUGAAUUUUCAGGUAGACCACAGUAGGGGGUUAACCCCUAAGCCAGGGCAACUCCCGCUUUGUGUGUAUGUGGCUUACGAGAAUCACUGAACUUCAGUGGCUGUUGAGCGCCUAACCCUCUCAGCAAAUCCCAGCUUUUGUGUUUCAGCAAAGCAAAUAAUUGCCAGCUUCUCGUGUCCAAGCUUAUGUGAAAGGGGAGUCUGUUAUAACAGCAGUGAAGUGGAAUGGCUUAUGUUUAGGAAGGGUGUAGUAGGUUUGCCAGAGAGAAGUUUCGUUUCAAUGCAAACCCCUGAUGGCCUCCCUUUUACCUUUUCUUAUUCCCUGCUCCGCCUCAGGGCUGUUAUUGGUGCCUAAAAUAAUACUGUAUUAUGUUUUUUUUCUAAUAUACAAAACAAAUGUAUCCUAGACAAAAUGUAAAAUAGAAUAGGGUAAUGAUGUCACAAAUACCUUUUGAUUCUGAAAAAACUGAUCAGGAAGUCACUAUAUAUAGUUGCCUCCCAGCACAUAUAUGAGAAACAAAAUGGAUGUUUGUACCAUCAAAUAUAUUAUUUCCCAAAGACCAGUAUUAAUAUCCAUAUUGGGUGAAAGUAAUGUUGAGGAAUCUGUAGUCUUGUCUGAAGUAUAUCCUGCAAGUUCGUUCCUCUUUUCAAACUCCCAGUGCCAAAAGGAAGAUUGCAAGGAGAGCCUGCCUCCCUCUUUCUUUCUCCACUUCCCAUGUGCAUGGCUGACACUUGCUAUGGAUAUAUUUUUUAAGUUCUUCAUGCCAUCUUUUUGUGUGUGUGCAUUAAAAGUGCAUGCUUAAAGCAUGCUGCCUGUACUCCACAAACGUUCCUUUUUACAGCAUGCAAUUGUUUCAACACUCUCUCAUUUCCAAAGGGUUAACGAGCAAAGGUGAUCCUUUCCCCAGAUAACUCAUUCAUUGUCAUCUUGAUUGCAUCAGGGAAUGUGCUUGUGCAAGUCUCAUAGGUGCAUUCACUGUUCAACACCACUGAGGCUCAGCACAGUAACUUGGGGGCUAGUUGUUCAAAGAUGCUGUGCCAUUUUUAAACCUUUUCUUUAUUUUAAGCCUUUCCUGUGUUCUGACAUGGCACAGCUUGUGUACAAAAAGUGUUUGCCCACUUCGUUAUUAUAGCCAAGAGUGCCACUAUCACAUUCUGCUCCACACAUUCAAUCUUUUUGUGGAGGGGAGUGAGAUUGUGCCCUUUGAUUUCCAUGGGUUAGGCACUACAUAAGCAGUGUAUGUAUGGCCUGUACACUCAGUUGUAUACACUAUGUAUGAUACAGCCCAUUCUUGUGCUCUGCUUGAUGUGCAGAGGUCACUCCCUCCAUGCGUUGAACAAGUGGACGGGAGCAUGAGAAGAGGGUGAAUUCUGUGCUGCUGUUUCUGAAAUAUCCUGUUGUGAGCAGGAAAACAAUUCUCUCCAUGUCAUGAGGACUACUAACCAUUAUCAUCCCAAUUAGGAAAGGACAUCCCAAUUAGUCCACUGAGGUGAAAGAAAAGCUUCCACUCUUGCUUUUAUCUCAAAGCUGGUAAAGUUUUGGGUUUUUAAAAUUGUGUUAUGUGUUUCAGUAGUUUACCAAUGCCAAGAUGUUUGUGUUACUACCAACCCUGCUUUGCGAGUAGAAUCCAAUAAUGCAAAUGUUAUGUGUGCAUAUUUACCUGCAGUUUAAGGAUUACAUUUCAUGCAUCUGAUGGACUGUGGUGUGGCAUGCACUUUCGUAGACUAGAUUUGAUAAGUCUUUUUUCAGUUUAUUUUUAUUAGUUUUCAAAUUAAGAUAGAACCACAGAUAAACAACAACAAAACCAUAAUAUAUCCAACUAAAGCCAUAGCAUACAGAGCCCAAAACAUAUUAAAUAAUAACAGCCAAUCUAGGAUCAUGACAUCCAUAUUUAUCUAGACUGUGCAGGGAGAGAUACCUAUAAAUCUGAAACUAUAAACUAUAUGAAAUAAAUCCCACCAUACUGAGUAGAAAUGGCCAGAAUCUUCCUGUCCCUUUGAGACCCAUAAGUCAUGUUAUUUCCCCCCCCACAAUAACUAAAUGUCAGAGAUUUUAUGCCGAUUUGCUGGUCUUUAAGGUGCUGCAAGACAUUGCGUUUUCCUCAACAGACCCUCUGGUUUAAGGUGGGUCAUUGGGUAGGAAGUCACAAAUGAAAAUCAGGAAGCAUCAAUAAUACACUAGUCUUGGGAAAGUGUUACUGGCUGUUAUUAAUAUUUUCAAAAGUGGUCAGCUGGGAUUCAAUAAAGCCUCUUCCUGCCACAUCUCUUGUACAGGAACUAGUAUUUUUUUUUAGGGUGCAGUAACAAUGCUUGCACAAGCAUCAAGUCGCUGAGCAGGCAUUAUGCACAAUGCUUUCAUGGAAAGACAGCUGGAGAGACCAGCCUUAUCAAAAAAUAAUAUUUGUGCAACUCAAAUUGGUUCAGACCACUUUAUUUUUUUUGCUUCUUGGUUUGAAGAAUUGCAUUGCCACUCGUGUUGUCCUUGUUUACUCCUUGCAUAUGCAUCAGAAAUUCUGACACAUCCUUUGGCUCCCAGUUGACAGCUGCUUUUGAUUUAGCUCAUGCCAAACUUGCCCCAAAGAACAGGGCCGGGGAACCUGUGGCCCUCCAGAUGUUGUUGGAUUCCCAACUCCCAUCGGCCCUAGCCAGCAUGGCUGGUGUUUGAGGAUGACAGGAGCUGUAGUCUAAUAACACCAGGAGGGCCAGAUUCCCUAUCCCAGGAUUAGGGUUGGUAAAUGUUGGAGGGAUUUUGGGGUGUAGAAGUGUUCGGUUUGGGGGAUGUGGUGGAAGUGUUUGGUUUAACCGGAAGCUCCUUUUGCCUGCGAUUGGUCAGUUGCUAAAUUGUUUUCACUACUGCCUUGAAUUUGUGGGGCAGAAAAAAGGUGAUUUAUUUGGGAAAUAAUUCCUUUGGUGGCCAUUAACUAACCUUUUUGAGGUGGUUUCAGUCCCCCAAAAGCGCGGCUUUAAGCUUUGUGUUGCCAUAGCUAUUAAAAAGCAUUUGGCCCACCACUAGGUGUCCUCAAAGUGUGGGUUGUGGGCAUGGGUGUAGAGCCGGGAUUUAUGUUGGGGGGUGGCAGGUAGCCUGGAUUUAUGUUGGUGGAGGGCAGGACACCCACAUGUCACCAUCCUCUGCCUGGCUCUGUCUAGCAGAUUCAGAAUGAAAUAUAUCAACAACAGUGGUUUUUAAUUACUUUCUUUUGACCCCAAGUGCUGAGAAAAACCUGUCAGAAUCUUUUGACCAUUUCUACUAGUUAAGUAUUUAUAUUUAUUUGCUUGAUUGGGAGGCAGCUGUCCUCCCUGCUCCCGCUUGGCUAAGCCCAUGGUUGUGGGGGCUUCCCUUUUUGAUGGGUCCAGAAGGGAUGUAGCGUCCAUAGGUGUGUGAAUAAGUGUGCUAAACGCGCCGCAGAACACACUGGAGGAAAUCGGGCAUCCAGCUGGGCGGCGGCGUCUUGCUCUCUCUCCGCGCUGACUCUCUGCUUUGUUCUCUCUCUCUCUCUCCUUUCCCCCUCAGAGCUCGCCGGAGGGGCCCAUGGAGAGUUACCGGAAUGCCACCGAGGUGCAGAUGAGUCAGAUGGUGCAGCCCUGCCACACCAACCACCGCCGCGAGCUCAGCAUUGGGCAGCUCCUCAAAUGGAUCGACACGGCCGCCUGCCUCUCCGGUGAGCCGCCGCCGACUCGCCUCGGGCACGCGGAGGGGCGGGAGCUCGUUUCUUGGCAACCUGCCCUCGGCUGGAUCUAAAGCGCGCGCGCGAGCACGACCUCAGCUUGCUCACUGCUCGCUCUUAAGGUGGACCGAGCGAGUUCCGGCCGCAGCCCUCGCCGCGCAAGGGAAAGGCAAAAAAAGGCUUUUAGGGCAACGGGCGAGCCUCGCCUGUUUUCCUUCAUAGCCAAUCAAUCUGGGGGCGGGAGCGCGGGCGAAAACGUCGGAAGGGACGCCAUAUCGUGGGGAAGCCUGUACACGUGAAGGCUCCCUGGAUCCGUGGACUUUCAGAGGGAAAGAGGAAGGGGUACUACUUGGCUCUCCCCACUUAGAGACCUCUAUCCCCCUUCCCUACCGCUCUGAAAAACAAAACCGUGAGAGAAACGUCUCUGAGCUAAAGUCAGUCUCGUUUGGAACUUUGUCUUUUUUUUCCUUCAUAUUUUAUUCCCUGAGCUAGUAGUGACUGUGAAAUAAAAAUAAUGUUCGUGCACACAUGUAUGGAGAACAACUGAAGUGGCAAACAAAACAAAACAUGAAUGAACAGUCCAUUAGUGUAGUUUUGAAUUCUGAAUUAAGCUGGGCUGGCAGCUGGAGGCUUUCUUUGGCACCAAGAAGAAGAUCCCCAUUUCCAGUUCAGAGGCAAGACAGAAGGGCAUGGAGGGCUGUGACAAGAGGGUUCAUGGGGUACAAUGGUGGUGGUGGGGCGCAUGUCCCACCAGUGUCCAAAAGUGCCUCAAAGCUUCCCUAUCAUAACACUAGUUGCUGAUCUGCAGAUCAAGAGUGUAACUGCACAAGCAGAGUAUCCCCUGGGGGAAAGACCACCAGGCCAAAAGUGCUGGUGGAGAAAAGCCAUAUAUCUCAAAGCGAGCUAGAGAGAAACCACCCCCAACCAAACCAGAGCAGCCAUGCCCACUGCUAUUGGUCCUUAUUAUAGAGUGCAGCUUAUUUGUUUUUCCCUCUGGUCAUGUUGCCUUUAGAAUCUUUAACUACAUUGUAGAAGCACUACUGAGGAACUUCAUAAAGGAGCUUGCAUUUUGAAAGCAGAUGAAUCUGAGGGGCUUAAUCAAUGAGCUUAUUCCACUUUAAAUGUGCCCAGGUCAAGCUGUUGUAAUGAUCAGAGGUUUGGAAAAGACUUAAGGCACUCUAGUCUUGUACACUGACAGGCAGGAUUGCUCACCUGCCAGACGUCCACAGAGGAAUCUGCACAAUCCAUAAGAACAACCCUGUUGGAUCAGAACCGAGGCCUAUUCCAUACAGCAACCUGCUUGUGGGUUAAACCACAGAGCCUAGGACUUGCCAAUCAGAAGGUCGGCGGUUCGAAUCCCCGUGAUGGGGUGAGCUCCCGUUGCUUGGUCCCUGCUCCUGCCAACCUAGCCGUUUGAAAGCACGUUGAAGUGCAAGUAGAUAAAUAGGUACCCCUCCAGCGGGAAGGUAAACGGCGUUUCUGUGCGCUGCUCUGGUUUGCAAGCUGAAAAACUAUUGAGAAGGGUAUAUUGCUGUUUAUGGAGCUGAUUGCACAGUGGAAAGAUACCUUCUUAAAUUAAAAUGAGGCUUGGAAGGUAACAAUAAUCAUACAAUUAGAGAGAUCACCAACAUUUUCGGGGGCCCAGCUGCAUGUUCGGAAGUCUUUGUUUUGGGCACCACAAAAUGUUCACCUCCUGGAAGAAAAGCUGACAGUGCUCAGAACCACCUCCCCUCCACCCUCCCUGCAAGAAGAGGCAAAAACACCUACACAUAGGCCAAAAUAAAGCACAAAAUAAAACAGUCCACACCCUCGAAAAAACCUGGCAAACCUUGCAAUAACCUCCCAAGCCAAAAAACAUGAGUAAAAAGCCUGAGGUUGGCAGGGGGCAUGUUGGGGACUCUAGAUAUAGGUAAACCACCAUUCUAGAGGAGAAGCGUAGCCUUUUGAAUACAAUAUUUCAGAUACCAAAGACCCAGCAUCAAAUCUUUAGGAGUCAACCUUGCAAAGAGCUGAAAAAACAUUUUGAAUGCUUAUGUUCCAGCAGCAGCUUUUUAGGCAAUUGGGUGAUCACCUGCCUGGGAUCCCCCCCCCCCCAAUUCUGCAUGUGGGGAUAAUUGUGAGAGUGCUUCUUAACAUAGCAGGCGCAUGUGCUGGACUCUGCAGUUUUAUGCGUCCUACCAUGGUGCCGGUUUUGUUCCUGCAACCAAGGCUUCUUGUUUCCAUUCUAAGCCUGCAACUGUAAUUACUGUGAACAGAAAGAGCCCUGUUUGCUGCAGUGAUGUACAUAACUAAUGUGGUUUGUUUGCCUUUUCAGCCGAGAGGCAUGCUGGCUGCCCCUGCGUCACAGCUUCAGUGGAUGAUAUCUAUUUUGAGCACACAAUUAGGUAACUGCCUCACUUCCUUGCCUCAUUGCAGUUUAACUGGAUUUUUAACUGGAUUUUUUAAAAUGCAGAAGUAGUAGAAAUAUGUGCCAUGUUAAUUAGCCCUUUUGAGCCUGGGUAACUUCUCUGGGUUGUCUGCCCCCCUUCCUUUCCUUUUACUGGGACAGCCAAUGAAAAAUAUUAGGUUGAAAAAUCAAUGGUUUCUCCUUAUCCAUUAAGAUGGGGUGUUCCAGCUCUGCUGUUUCAGUGCAGCAUUGCAAAACAGGCCUCACCUUUGGCAUGUGCCCUUAACAAAGAAUGCAGUGCAGAUGCGGAGGGUCUGGGAAAUUUUGAUUCCCUUGUUAUAGCAUCCCUAUUCAUGUGUUAUGCCUGCAAAUAAAAUAGCACAUUUGGGGAAGACAGGGGGACAAGCAUGCUCCUUCCAACCCCUGUUUGUCCCAUCUCCCUCCAGUUCAGGGAAGAGUGGCCUCUGUAGUGGGGAGUCCCCUGUACUUUAGGGGUCUCCCUAUGCAUUUUAGAAUCCUGUUUUUCUAGGGUUUCCUAAAGUGUUCAGGGAGUCUCCAGGACUACAUUGACAAUUUGGAGGGUGAUGAGGCCAGGGGUGUAGCACUAGCACACAUGUCCCCAUUGUCCCCCUACAUACUUACUCUAGCUCCUUUCAGGUAUUAUAUUUAAGAGUAACAUUACACACAAGUUGACAUCCCAGAUAGAAGGUUUAAUCGGAGCAGUCUCGGGACCUGUUUUGAAUUCGGUUCUGUUUGAAGGUCGGUUCUGUUCCAAGAACGAAGAGACUAUUUGGAGCAUUUGCAGGAAGCUGCCUUCCCUACUGACCACAGCCCACCCGACACAUCUGGCGUUUGGGGAGGAUGUUUGGGGGAUUAUAGGAUUACGACUUCUCAGAGGGCUUGAGCCUCUGUACCUCUCUGAUUUAGAAAACGAGCCGGUGCCAAAAUGUGCAGCUGCAUCAUCUUACACAGUGAUAUGUGCGUCAGCUGCAAGAACAUAUUUGUUCUUCUGUUAACCAGCUUUAUUUAUUUCAAUUCCUGUUAAUACACCAGGUCAAAGUAUUUGUUUCUCUAGCCCUGUAUGAUGUCCCUUGACUGGCAAUGGCUCGCCAGUGCACCAAGCAGAGGCCUUUCCUGAGGUCGUCUCAGCUGGAGAUGCCAGGGAUCUUCUGCACGAAAAGCAUGCUCUCUGCCACUGAGCGAUGACCCCUCUCCAUCUUCUUCUGGAAGAAGGUCACAAAACAAACUCCUUCAGGGCACAGGAACGUGCCUUGUACUGAAUGAGGACCAUCUGCCUAUCAAGCUCAGUAUUGCCUUCAUUGACAGCAACUCUCCAGGAUUUCAGAUGGGUCUUUCCCAACGGAGGACUUUUGAGGUGGGCUGUUCUUAGGCGACAGAGCAACUGCCUUACGUGCAGAAGGCAUAUGGUUAAAUCCCACGCACCUCCUGCUAGUGCUGGGGAUUAAUUAAAUUAAUUAAUUAAUUAACAGGAUUUAUAUCCUGCUUGAUCUCCCAUUGGCUCUAGGUGGUUUACACCAAAUGUCCCCCGUCUGAAACCCUGGAGAGCCACUGCCAGUCAGUGUAGACCAGGGUUCUCCAAACUUAGGUAUCCAGCUGUUUUUGGACUACAACUCCCAUCAUCCCAAGCUAGCAGGACCAGUGGUCAGAGAUGAUGGGAACUGUAGUCCAAAAGCAGCUGGUGUAGACAAUACUGGGCUAGAAUAUAUGGACAGUCUGACCUGGUAUAAGGCAACUUCCUAGGCCCACACAGAGUUGUCAGGAAUUGAACCUGGGACAUUCUGCAUGCGAAACAGGCGUCCUACCAUUGACCGGCGGUCCUCCCCUGUGGCGCUUAUAUUUAAACUUAAAGCCUUGAAGCAAAUUUUCUGAAACAGAACGUUCACGCUGAAUUUUUAUUAUCCUGCCGUUCGUAUUUGAAUAUAUUCAUGUGUUACACAAAUGGCAUGAAAUCAUUAUGGUAAGCGCAAGCUCUGUGGCAUACCUGCCUGUGUUAAAAAUUAAUAAAGCACCUUUCAGGCAGCGGUGAGAGAUUAAGCGGGCUUCUUUUUCAGAGGGCAGGUAUGUAAAAACCUAGAUCCUUUUUUCUAGCUUACGGGGUGGGUGGCCGUGCCCUUCUUUUGGGAAAGCUGUUGGAAGAAUGGGUGAAUUUGGAGUUUUGCCUUUUUUUGGUAAUACUUUAAUCUUUUAUAUUCCACUUGAGUACCCAUCAUCUUGAUUCUUUUAGAUGUCUGGAUUUACUAACAAUCUGCAUGACUCUCAAUAUGGCUUCACAUCAGGAAUGGGGAAUUGUUAGUCCUCCAGAUGUUGUUGGACUUCAACUCCCAUCAGCCCCAGCCAGUGGUCUGGAGCAGAAGGGAGUUGUAGUCCAACAGCAUCUGAAGGACCACAGGUUCUCUAUUCCUGCCACAGAUUAUGAUGUCCCAUUUACUACCACCUGGAUGCCCUCUCUCAGCCAAAGUUUGGACGCUUGGGAAAGGGCAUGUCUCCUCCUUGACAGCCUUGUCAGUAGUAGCUAGCUGUGAGCCUCUGGUACUUCCUUGUCAUUUAUAACACAGACAAACAAUGUAUCCUGGCCACUUCCAGCAAAUGUUGCCUAGCCUUUCCUGUGGUUGUAGGCCUGUCUGUGGGCUCUGGAGCUUGCCAGAAUGUUGCUUUCAUAUAGUUUUUAGGGCAGGUUUCCCCAAACUUUGGUCUCCAGCUGUUUUUGCACUACAGCUCCCAUCAUCCUUAGCUAGCAGCAUCAAUAGUCAGGGAUGAUGGGAAUUGUAGUCCAAAAACAACUGGAGACCCAAGUUUGGGAAGCUCUGUUUUAGGGGAACCCAGGUGCACUGUCAGCCUUUACAAAUUUCUAGAGAAGCUAUGCUUUGGAGAUCCUUUAUUUAUCUCAGAUAUUUCUACUCUGCUGCUUCAGGCCCAAAGGAUCUCUGAGUGGUUUACAAAUGAAACAGUAAAAAUACAAGUCACAGUAAAAGUGCGGCAGAGCAGCAAUAGUUAAAACAAGGAAACUUUUUUUAAAAAAAAACAAAACCAUGGCAUAUAAAAAGGUCUCUACUUGGCACUGAAUGGACAUCAAAUUUGGUGCCAGGAGAGGUUCUCUGAAAUGAAGAGGGCAUUCCAGAGUUGGAGCUGAAAUACUAUUACCUCCAGCCACCACUUCCCUCUCCUUCAAAGGGGGAGAACCCAGAGAUGGGCCUCUGUGGAUGCUCUUAAUGUUUGGACAGGUCCAUGAAGGAACAGGCAGUCGUGGACCCAAACAGAUCAUGGUUUUAAAAGGUUAAAACUAGCAUAGUUGUUUGGGAUUAGAGAGGGACAAGGAGCCAGUGCCUUUUUUUUUUUUUUUAAAGGGCAUUCUAUCUGCCUACUCAGUCCUCUAGCUGCUAUGGGUUGAACCAAGAGAAGUUUCCUGUCUUCAAGGCCAGCCCCAUAUAGCAAAAAUUACAAUAGUCCAAAUGGGAUAUUACUAGAGUGUAGAUAAUUAUGACCAGGCUAGCUCUGUCAAGGAGAGGCUGUAGCUAGUGCUGCAGCUGCAGGCAGGUUUUUCAAGACAUGGAUGCUGCUUAGCACCCCAAACCUUGAAAAGAUAGUCAAAGGGAGAUGUUUCUGAGCCAAAGUGCGUGGCUGCAUAUGCUGUGGAAGACAGUAAGUUAUGUUUUGUGAGUGCUCUGUUAAGUGAUAAUGAUCACGGUUAGAGUGUACUAUAUAUAAAACACUGGAACUUCUAAACAGUCCUUUAGUACUUGAGCAGUGGUAGAACUCGUAUCCAUGCUUAUGACGCUCCAGGGAAGCAAAUAAAGACAAAUUAAAGGUGCAAGACCUCCUGCAAGCCGCAUAUUCCCAGAUCAACGCCAGCAUGCAAACAACAUAUGCAGAUUGGAAAUAAGCAGAGAAAUAUGAGCCAGAAUUGUCUUCACACCUGAGAGCAGCUUGAAUGGUGCUAAAAAUGAGGGGUAAAUUAAGACCAGUAGCCCACUAACUUGGGUUGGCUUCUUGGGUACAAGCAAGGUGUCUAUGCAGGAACUCUUGGAUCAGUGUUUUGUCUCAAGGUCAGAAGCCCAAUAAUGUUCACUUUAAAAACAUGGGGGGAGGGAGCAAGAAUCAGCACUGGUUAUUCAGCACCUUUUAAUCGACACAACAGACUUGUUAGGUGGACUAGAUGGAGAGUAGCCCAAGGCUAGUGAAUUGUGGGGUUUGGACUCUGAUCUGGGUUCAUGUCAGACACUGUCCAGUAGACUGAAUUUUCCCCUUCUGAUAUGGAAUAGAAAAUAUGGGUCUGUCCAAGUAUAAGCCUAUCCUUCUCCCUGUUCUCCCAAAGCUGGAAAGCAUCUAUAAGAAUGAUCCAGUGCCACUCAGUUAUGUUGACCUGGUGGGUUGGACAAUUAAGGUCCUGUAAUGAAACACACCCCUUAGGUCCCACGGAGUUUAUGCAAAUGUAUAUUUUAUAUUGCGAGAGGCGACUUCUUUCUUUUUCAGCUCCACUUUGCUUUGUUUCCCUCCUUAUCCUUUUGUAUUAGACAGCUGCAUGUAAAGUCUCCUUGGUGCCUAUGUGGGAAGGACGAAGCCUGGUAUGAGCCUUUGCAGUACAAAUGUUUACAGCAAUAGACUAGAUUGCUGAUCUCCUAACCCACUGAUGUCCUGAGAUACUGGUGUUAAUUAACCUAACUGACACGGUAUUCAGAAUGCACCUACUAGCCUGCUUUUCCUGUGCACAGAGACGGUUCUCAAAAAGUGUAAUAUUCACUUUCUGCAGCUUGCAGAUGUUCUUUCCAUCUUUCUGGCUCUAAAACAAACUGUAACUCUUCACAGGGUGCACAUGGGACUAUAAAAUUGUUGUGUGAAAAAUGAAGGGAUGCUUUGUCCAUCUGCUGUUCUGGCUUCUAGAAAAGAUGCAGUUGCCAGAUGAAGGGCUCGUUUUAUGGGAGCAAUUUAAUUUUCUUCAUAGUACUCUUAUGAGUGGAUGGAAAGGGAGUAGGUUGUGUUUUGUGAAAUGAAGAAGGUGCAUUAGGAGGACUUCAGCCCCUAAUAGCUCUUUACUUCUAUGUCCUAAAUCCAGAUCAGGAGUAUUAAAGGGGAAGAGUGAGUAGUGUCGGAGCCUGUUAGUUACCAGAAUGAAGAAUGACUUUCAAAAAGGCAGGGAUUCAAACAGUUAUGUAUUAACUGCAAUUAGACCCCUAAGUGCAAAGUAGGAGUUCAAAAAGCUUCAUCUGACCAAAUCAUCCGGAAAAUCUGAAAUCCACACAACUCUCCGGGAGUUGUGCUUCAGAUGGGCAAUGUUUUCUACUUAAUGUCAUAUGAAUGCAUUUCCUGAAUGUCAACUGGCAGCAAAUGUAACCCAGUCGUGCAGUGUCAUCCAGAGAUAUUAGCAAUACUCUGGUCAUACACAGGGACUCUAAAAAUAGCUUCCCCCAACUAUUAUUUUUUUCAUUAUGUAUUUUCUUUAUACAUUAUGCAAACCAUUGUUUUAAACACACACAUACAUAUAUCUACAUGCGCUAAAUUUUUUGGUAGAAGCUAUACCCCAAAUCAUUGCUGAAAUCCUUUCUGCAUUUUCCUGGGUCUUGCGGUAUAAGUCCUACUGAGCACAGUGGGACUUUAUUAUUUCUGGAGAAGCAUGCAUCGGAUUGUGCUUCAUGAGAGAAGUCAUGCUAUACCAGGUGGGGCAAAAUUCUUUCUUUAGUCCAUCAUUCAGAUCAGACAUCAUUUUAUAAUUCACACAAUAAUCAAUAUGCACGCAUAGCAUUUAGUAAAACUGAGCCAGUGCAUGUUUUUUAGCUACCUCUGGGCUUUGCAGUUCAGAAUGUGGUUACCUUCAGAAGCUGUUGGACUACAUCACCCAUCAACCCUAGCCAGCAUGGCCAGUAGCUAAGGAUGAUGGGAGCUGUAGUCCAGAAACAUUGGUUGCCUCUGGCAUAGCCUGUCAAAGAGCUGAAUAGUUUUGUUGCUUUCACCUUUCUGGCUUAGUUUCUUGACUGUUCUUUCCAGUUCAGAAUUGUCAACAAACUACCAACAACUCUAAGAAGAAGGAAGUUGAUCCUCUCUAAAUCUUCUGUGUUGUUUUUUUUUAAAAAAUGUGCUUUGAAGCAAACUGUUUUGGAAUAACAUUCGUAAAUUGUUCACUCCCUGAUUUAAGUAACACGUCCCUUUGAAAUGGGGCAAAAUCUUCAAUAUUCUGACAGAGACAUUUAAUUUAGUUCUUGAUCUUACUUGCGUGCCUUUUGCAUGUCAAAUGCCUUUAUUGCAAAAUAAUUACUUGUCUGCAUAUAAUUUCUGAGAGUUUAGUCAAUGAAAUGAAGGGUUUGUGUGAAAGAAACUAGGUUAGUGGGUGAAUCUUUGCUUGGGAUCUGUGUUUAUUGUAAUAGUAUACCUUUUGGGUGUUAAGGCCAGUAUGAAGGCAGUUCGCUUUUGAAAUCCAUUGUUUCCACUUGUGUAUGUGUGUGUAUAUAUAUAUAUAUAUAUAUAUAUAUAUAUACACACACACACACACACACACACACACACCCCUGCACCCUGAGACAACUUCCAUUUCAGAAUAUAGCACUUAAACUGUGAGAGUUAAUCUCCAGCUAAUGGCGUGUGAUUCUAAAAUAUUAUUAAUUCAGUUUUUACCCUGCUGUUUGACCCUACCUGAAAAACAUCACUUUGAGUUUCGUCAGCAAUUGCACUGGGUGGCAGUAAGAGGAUGUGUCCUUAAAGAGGCUGUGUCUACUCAUAAGGUGCUUCCAGAUGGGGGCUCAGUUUUCUAAAUGGGUCAUUGGGAUAUUGUAAGUGGGUUGCCUGCAGCAGAUUUAAAUGGGAGAAAUUGUGGGCCGGGUUUUUAAUGUCAGUGAUAUUGGCAGAAAUGUGCAUGCACAAAGAGCACAGAUUCCACAAGGAACAGCUGUCUGGAAGCACCCCUAGACAAAACACCACGUGGGAGCACUUGAGCCUGGCUUCCUGCCAAGCAGAUUCACUUGGCUUGUAGCACGAGGGUGGUGGUAUCCUUCACUAUCCAUAUCAAUGUUGUGGUGUGCUUAACGAACUCCUACAUCUUAUAUCUGGGCUGAUCUGGUGGAGAAGCUUAAGGAAAGUCCUGUGUUGCAAUGAAGUGUUUAAGGCAGGCUGUGACUAUCCUGCCUAACCUUAUUCUGUUCUCACCAUUGGGGGAUUUUAUUUUAUUUCGUUUUUUACUGAGCAACUGAAAGGGGAGAGAGACUUGCCAUUGCGCUUGAGAGCUUAUAUUAAAGCUGAGCGUCUCUGAACCCAGGCAGAUAACUUUUUGAGGGAUGACACAUUCCGCUUCCUUUAUAGAGAGGUAGAUAUGAUUUAAAUGUGUGUUUAGCCAUGGGUGAAAUCUUAUCUAUGUGCCCUUUUCUGAUGAACCGGAAAACUACACGAGGCCUGGGCCUACAAAGUCUUCCACUUGGGACCUGGUGGGGAGGGGGAAAAAUAAUUUCCAUCCCAUAAAUCUCUAGGCCUAUCCAGUGCUUCCUCUCAGCCGUUCCGUGAACUGUCCAGGUGACCUAACUUACAGGCCUCAGGAAUUAAUCUGACUGUGUUGCUUCUAGACACCCGGUGGGAGUGAUUUGAGCAGAAAGCUAUCUUAACAAAUGGUCCAUGACAGCAGUAUUGUCGAGCAGGGCCCACCAGUCAGGUAGAACUCCUGCAUAUCAGAACCACAGGAUGCUUUCUACCAAUUGCAUUUUAAUGUUUCUCAUCUUAUUUAUCUUUUCUCUCCUAUCCCUAGUGUUGGGCAGGUUGUCAACAUCAAAGCAAAAGUGAACCGAGCAUUUAACUCUAGCAUGGAGGUUUGUAUGCAUCAGUGUGCUAUCUUAGAGGACUUACAUUUGUUGCCCAAUAAGCAGCUAAGGUUGCAAUCCUAACCCCACUUACCUGAGAGCAAGCUCCGCUGCAUUCAUUAUUUUUUUUAAAAUGAUAUUUAUUGAGAAUUUAAAAUUACAGAGAAAGAAAGGAAAAAACAAGAAAAAAAGAAAAAGGAAAAAAGGUAGACAAAAAGAGAAAUUAAACAAUACAAGUCAAUAAAAACAAAAGUCAAAGAAAAAACAAAUCACACAAUACAUCAAAAUCAAAAAACAAAAAUAAACAAAAAAUUUAAAAACAAGUCCAAUAUUCCCAAAUCUUUAUCUUUCAUUAACUUGUUUCAUCGACCUCCUCACACCUCCCUUUUUUGUAUUCUAGUUAUUAAUUAUCUCAGCAAAUCCUUUCCAUCUUUCACAAUAUUCUGUCAUUAAAUUACCUUGAUCUAUUUUAACCUUAUCUUACCAUAAAAAACCCUAAAGCUUAAAACUUAAGUCUUAUUUAUACCUAGUUCUUUUUAGCAUAACAUAUUUAUACAUAAUUCUUUUAAACAUUUCUACUAAAGCCAAAUAGUUUCAUUCCAACAUUUUUCUAAUACUCAUUAAUUUUACAAUGAUUUUCUAAAUGAAUUUUUAAAACUUUCUUCCAGUCUUCAUCCAUCGUCUCUUCUUCCUGGUCUCGGAUUUUGUCAGUCCUUCUAUCCCAUCCAUCUAGUCCAUCAACUGGUGACCUUCUAUCCGAGGCUCUUAGGUCUUUUCCAUGUCCCUUCCGCAGGUCUUCUUCAUGUUUAUACCUGUACUUUACUUUAUCUUCUGUUGAUCUUAUUCUUCAUUUCCUUCCUUUCUCUCGGGGAGACUCCAACUUGACAAUAUCUUUAUCCCUUCUCAACAAGUCAGCCCAUUCUCCAUAGUCGACACUGAAAUCCAUAAGAUAUUUAAAGGCAUGUUUCAAAUUCCCUCCAAGGUUAAGGGCCCCCACAACUCCAAACUCCCCCUGGCCCAAAGCCAGAUCCGAAAAGCCAAAACAUCCCUGCAUAGGGGGAUCUAUCCAGCUUCCCAUCUCCAAACCAAACAGUACUCCAUCUCUCCAAAUCUGACAUUCUCCAGGUUCAGUCGUCAAAAACAACAACUUAAGUUCCUGCAAGGCCGCAGCUCUCUCCAUUUCUGCUACUUGAGGUUCAGCAACAACCUCCUCCUUUAUCUUCUUCACCACUUGCUCUGUCAAAGCACAUUCCUGGAUUAAUUCCUGAGUGGUUUCUAUAUAGGUAUUCACUGUUUGUCCAAAAUUUCCAACUGCAACAGUCAUCAAAUCCAUCUUCUCAUGUAGCUGUUCCAGUAAAGCGCUUGUCUUGCAAAAAGCAAGCACUAAAGCUUCUUCUGGGCACAUUCUUGUUCAAGGUCAAAGUCUGGUCUCACGAUCUUUAAUCUCUACAGCUGCAAAAUUCCCCAGAUCGACUCUAACAACAGUUCCACAAGUUCCCUCUAGAGGAAACAAUUUCUAUUUGUAUCCGUCUUUUUAAAAGCAGAUCUAGCAACAAAGUUCCUUUCGUUUUUCAGAUAUUUUGUUCCUUUUAAGUGCAAAAGGGAACAUUGGAAUCAAUAUGUUUCUCUUUUUUAACUAUCUGUCAAAAACGUUUUAUCCACAGUCAAUGAACUUCCCCAAAGCGUCUGUCCUGACACCCCGCUCCCAGGUUCAAGACGGUGGAAAUUUAUCUUUCUUUACUCUCUCUUCUGCAGGUUUAAACAGUCUAAAGGGAUUCCCCCCUCUUCUCCUGCUUCCAAGGGGGGUUUAGUAAUUUUAACUGAUGGAAAUUUAGUCCUUUACAAACGACUUUCCAGACUCUAGCUUGCAAUGUCUUUGCUUCAAUCUAUUUACAAAAGCAGAAGGCGGACUUCCUGUUUAGACCUUCCCGCUUCGGUGCCAAAUUAAGAAAUUUCAUAAUCCAAUUUUCCGUUCUACUCACGGGCAGUUGUUUAAAAUCCAGUUGUCCACAGGAAAAAGUCAGUGCUCUCCGGCAACAGCAAUGCGGCUUCACUCCGUGAAAAGAGCAGUCGAUUCGAAGCACUGCGCCAUUCACCCCACGUUGCUCCGGGUCCCCGAAACCGGGUUUCCCCGCGAGUAGGGGAGGCGCAAAAGGUGCCAGCCGAAUCCCACGUCCACAGGCUUCUCCCGCCUGUGGUUUUUGAUGGGUCUCCGCCUCGCCGCGGCGGUCCAUACCCUAAUUCUCACGAAGCGGAUUCCUCCUGAUCAGAGGAAAUCCGCCAUUGCCGGAGGCGCUAACCCGGAAGCUGCAUUCAGUGGGACUUACUUCUGAGAAGGCUAGAAUCUCGCCCUACAGUUGCCAGUACCAUGCGCUCAAAUUUUGUUCUCCAAAAAGAUAAUGCAAACAUGCAGUUAUUGCAGUUAUUGAGUUAAUUUGAAUUGAAGAUGAGUUGCUGGGUUAUAUAUAUAUAUAUACACACACACACACACACACACAGUCAUACCUUGGAUCUUGAACGACUUGCAAGACGAACGUUUUGGGUCCCGAAUGCCGUAAUUGUUCCAGUUUGCAAACGUUCUUUGGACCCUGAACAUCCCUUGCGACUUCCGUGGCUUCCGAUUGGUUGCAGGAGCUUCCUGCAGCCAAUCAGAAGCCGCGCCUUGGUUUCUGAACCGUUUUGGAAGUCGAAAGGACUUCCGGUACGGAUUCCGUUCAACUUCCAAGAUAACACUGUACCAAUAUAUCUCAUAAAAAGUUGUUAUCUGUUUUCCUAAGUUAUUUAAUAUAUAAAAGGAUGGUCACAACCACUUGUAGAGGAUGAGGAUAGGUGGUGGAGGGUAAAUGAAAAAGUGCAAGCUUUGUUAUGGGAAUACUAAACAUUGUUUUCUUUGUCGAGCUUGAAAUAUUUUGGGCAAAAGAAGGGGGUUGGAUAGUUUAAAGGAAAACAGAGAGGGCUAGGGAUGAGGAGUCCUAUAGGAAUAAUGCAUGACACAGAAAUAACAUUCAACUAUUUGGAGUGAAUGCUACAUAAGGGAAAGGCUGUUUUCUGUGUCUUCCUGCAGAAGUAAAUCUUGGUUUCAGGUUUAUUUCCAGCUUCCUAUGCCCUGUCAAUGUGUUGAAAUUCACUGUAGUGCAGUGGAUAGGUGGCAGCCUAUUUCAUUUCAUUUCAUUUUUUUAAACAUGCCCCACAUAUCUGGCAAAAAUCAAAUCAAAUUCAGGGCACUUACAUGAUCUAUAAAGCAAUAACCAUAAAAACAAUUGCAAAACCAAUAAUGUAUGAAACAAAAGCAAUACGAACCACAUGAGAAAAUUUAAAAAGCGCAUAUAGGCUCAGAGCAGCAGCUAAUAAAACCACAAGCAGGGACAAUACCAGCCACAAUGAGGACUUAAAUGAUACAAUUUAACCACCACCGAAAGCUUGAGUGAACAGAACAGACUCCAACAGGUGCUUAAUAAAAGACUGCAAAUACGGUGCCAGGUAGAUGUCUCUUAGGAGGGAGUUGCAGAAUGAGGUACAAUCGCAGAAGCAGCUUUGUCUCUGGUUAUGGCUCACUACUCAUGGUAGGAGCUUCUAGAAAAGGGUCUCCAAAGACUAUCUCAGCUUUUGGGCAGGUUCAUGUGAAUCUGCACCAGUCCCUGCAGAGGAACAUCCUCCAUGUCAAGCAACAUGUAGAGUAAAAUGGGAGUUUUGCAGGAGAGGACAAAAUCCACUUGCUGGGCACAGUGAUCAUGCUACAGCUGAAGUACUAUUUUACUUGUGAGUUGCUGAGCUUUUGAAGCAUGUUGGCAAGAUUUGUGUGCCAGAAUGGUGUCACAUUCCUAUAGCAAAGCCUUGUAUUUCUUGGCUAUUUUUCCAUGUGCAUGUGAAUCCUGGAAUAUGUCCUCAGAACCAGUUAUAUGUUAAUAUUAUGUUAAACACUCUAUUGAAUAAUAAUAUUAACAUACAUGAAUUCGUAAGGCCCCCCCCCCCAAUGUAAUAUUUCUGAAGAGAAGUAGAGCUGUCACUGUUUCUGUGCAAUUGGUCCAGUGUGGUAUCCUGAUUGUGAUACUAUUUCCAAGUCAUCAAAUUGUCCUUCAUAAUCAUAAGGGCUAGAAACUUGGAUUUUAAGUAAAAAUGAAAACUUAAAAGCAGCUAUUCCUGGAAGCUAUAUAGAGACCACAUUUUGCAGGGCACAGAAUAUGCAUGGCCCUGGUUUGUGGAAUAUUCAUUGCUCCCAUCAAUUGUAAAAGCUUUUCUGUAAUUCACAGUACAAGAAUCUAUCCAGGCGAAACCCAAACAGCACCCUGAUUCCCAUAACUUGGCUUCUGUUGCUGGAAAAGGGAAGAAUGUUAUCCAGGGGAUGUCUGGUUUUCAUUUUUCUGCCCCAGGGAACAAACUUCUGUGAUUCAUUUGCUUAGGAGAGCAGCAGUACAUAGAAUACAAUAAUCACACCGCCUGUUCACCUUUAAAUAUUCAGAAGUAUGACUUGCCAAACCAGAGCUAAGAACUAGAACAACACAGAGAGCUACCUUGCAGUGCAACUCCUUCAGGUGCUACAAAGCAUUCUUUUGAAAUAUUAUCCAGUUGUUUCAGAUGUUCCUUUUUCUUAAUGGAAAUAGUGGAGGGUUUUUUCUAAAUGCAACUAAACUCUUAAUUCAGCACCUCACCUUCAUUUUUUUCCUCCUCCCCUCUGGUGGUUGUUUCUAGGUUGGUGUACAGGUCAGCUAUGAAGACCUGUGCAAUGGGGAGCAGUGGAAUGUCUGCAAGGCCUAUGCAACUUUUGUGGCACAAGGCAAGCCGUCUGCUAAGGUAGGCACAGAGAGUUAAAAUCUUCAGUUUAGGCAUUUGGAAAAAAAUAGCAUUGCUGCUCCAUCCCUUCAACCCCCUUUCCCCCUUGAGAUUUGCUUUAUAGAGACUACCCUGUGGAUUUAGAGAAUGUAUAAAGACUUGCUGAUUGCUUUAGCUAUGUUAUCAUGGUCCUUAACAACUAUUUAUAAAAAUUGUGUGUGUGUGUGUGUGUGUGUUUUUAUACAGUAUGUUGCUGGUGCAGCUCUGCUGAGGUCUAAUUUGUACUGUUGAGACUAGGAGAAAAAUAAAGAUAUUUUAAUUCAAUCAUAACUUAUUAGCUGGUCUAGAGUUCUGCAAUACAGUCGUACCUCUGGUUGCGAACGGGAUCCGUUCCGGAGCCCCGUUUGCAACAUGAGCAGAACACAACCCGCGUCUGAGCGGAUCGUGAUUCGCCGCUUCUGCGCGUGACGUCAUUCUGAGUGUCUGCGCAUGCACAAGCGGCGAAACCCGGAAGUAACCCAUUUCGUUACUUCUGGGUCGCCGUGGGACGCAACCUGAAAAGACGUAACCUGAACCAAACGUAACGAGGUAUGACUGUACACAAAUGGGAUAGCAUUGCAUGGUUUUUAAUACAAAUUGGGGCACACAGAUAUAAAUACGGAUUGCUUUCAUGGUGACUUGUACUCCUCCUUCUGGCAAUUCCUGCAGCCAAGCUGGUGCCAAACAUAUUGCUCUGCUUUCCUUUGGACCACAUCAGUGAGGCCAAGGGGAGGGUCUUGUCCUCUGGGCAACCCAGGACCUCCAUACAUACUGCUCAGGCUUGCACCCUGGAGAGGUAACUUUGGUGCUACUAAUGCACCCUUGGAGGCGCACUCCAUUGCCAACAACGACGACGUGAUUGGCUUUGUGGCAUACAGAACUUUGGCUGAUUGUGCAGUGGAUGAAAGUUAUAUGAAGCUUGCAGUUCUCUGCACACUUGCAAGGAUUGAAUGUGCUGGACUUCUGCGAAAGCACACCCAGGACCAUGGUGUAAAUCUGGGGCUGGAAACCUCAGGCCCCUCUGUUUGACCUUUGGGACUCUCCUCAGACUGCACACCUCACUGAAUCUGCCCCGCAUUCUCCUUGAGUGCUUUUGCCUGGUCAGAAUGUGGAUAAUGCCUCUUGCUUGCCUCUAUCGAUUAAAAUAGAAAGCUUGUUGCAUGCCUGUAAUGUAGCCUACUGUACAAAGGUGUUUGAAAAACAAGGCCAUGGCGCCAUUUGUUGUGAACUGCAAGGCCUUCCUUGACAUGCGCACACACUCCUGUCAAAGUGAACAACACAUUUAUUGUUUUACGCUAGAACUAUGCAGACUACAGAGAAUAUCAGCAUCAAAAUAGGUAAAAUGUGGCUUGGUAAUGCUUUGGGCAAUCACGGGUAUGUCCUGAACUUUUUCGUUCAGCAAGUUUCCAAAGCUAGUAGAACUCCCUCCAAAGUGAUUUGUGUAUUGCCCCAUCUCUACAGGCUUUUAAAGGGGCCGAUGAAAACUCACUUGUUCCAGUUCCCCUUUCCUUAAAAGGAUUUAGAGUGCUGCUUUUCCAGAAACUGUUUAAAGGUUGUUUUAUUGAAUUAUAAUGGUGUGAUGGUGGCCUGUGAAUUGUUUUCGAGUGACUGUUGUUGUAAAUUGGGGCUGUCAUUGACAUACUGUAUUAAAUAUUAUUUUAUGGUGGUUUUAUGUCAACCACAUUGUGAGGUCUGUGCCCGAAGAGGCCGCUGAAAAAUACUUCCUUAGCUUUUAGAUUUAAAAUAAAUGGCAGGUCAUUGCUGAACUACUUUCUCAGAAUGCGGAAAAUCUCAGGUCAGGAUGCUUAACACCGGCAAAGGCUCUCUACUGAAAGGUACAUUUUAUGCUGUUUUUCCAUAAUACACUUAGAUCAAGUUAAAGCCCCUGGUUCCUCAAACCGAAGAGGAGAAGAUUGAGUACAGCGUUGCAGCUGAACGCCGCCGCAUGCGACUGGCCCACACAGAGACCAUCAAAGACCUUGUUACUAACAGCCCUGUCCAGUCCGGUACAGAAAUCCCCAGGCUCCUUUCAGGUACUUUUUGCUGACGGGCAGCACUUGUCUAGUACAUCAAUCCUGCCACAGGGUUGGAAACAACAAAGUGUGCUCACAGGCAGGAAAAGGGAACCAUCAGCAACUAACAUUGAGAGUUGAAGCUAGCCCUGUAUCUGGAAAGCGUGGAAGACCUAUAAUUGUGGGGUGGCCACCACAGAAUAUAGAAGCAGCAUGUACCUUUGAACACAUGUUUGCAUAGCCAGCUACAGCUUAUACAUGGAUGUAUUUCUUUUUCAAAUUACAGUGUUUACGUGAUGUGCAUAUCCCACAGCAAUAUUUAUGUAAGGUAUUCUCACGCAUAGAAGAGAGAAGGUGAUUGGGUUUUGCUAAAGAUGUAAUCUUCAGCGGCAGUCAGCCUUGCUUUCUGUGUUGUCCUUGCAUUUAGAGCAGCAGCUGUAUUUCCUGGCGGAUAGGGAUACUUGGAGGUUUUGCCAUAAGAGAUCCUCAUGAGUGGCAUAGUGGAAGAAGCUACUGAGAGCACAUCGCUGGCCUGUUGUUAAAUCCCUAAGGGGUCACAAUUGCUGCAGAGAAGGUGCUCAGCUGCAGGCUUGAAGCCCAUAUGCUGUCCAUGCCAUGCUGUUUAAGGAGGCACAACAGUGGUGCCAGUGGUUGUCAGUUAGGGGCUUCACCUUUCAUGGGUCCUUGCUUUUAUUUAUUGGUUGCAUUUAUAUCCCACCUUUUUCUCCAAGGAGCUCAAGUGGCUCUCCCUCAUCCCAAUUAAUCCCUACAACAACCCUGUGAAUUAGGUUAGGCAGAGAUGCAGUGAGCUUCAUGACCAAAUGGGGAUUUGAACCCUGGUCUCCCAGUUUCUAACACUCUUAACCACUGUAUUACACUGGCUGCCACUUGUUUCCUAGCUCCUGGUAUCUGCAUUCCUACCAGUUUAUUCAUUUAGACACAUCCCAGUUUAUCACAAAUGCUGACUAUCCAUGGCUUCCUGGGGUUGCAUGCUGUAAACAGGAACCAUUGUGUCCUCCGUGUGCCAGAUAAUUCUGCAGCAGUUCCUGCCCACUUCCCUGCCAUACUGUGGCUCCCAGCAAAUUGGAAAGGGUGUGGGGAUUCAACCCUGAGAAGAUUGUUCCUCUCCAGACACCUCUCUAAUAAAAUUGUGUCCUUUCUUUCUUACCAGAGUUUGAGAACAGAGAGUGUGGCAUGAUGGUACCUGCAGAAAAGACCAGAGUGGAAAGUGUGGAACUCAUCCUGCCCCCACAUGCCAACCACCAGGGGAACACAUUUGGAGGACAGAUCAUGGCCUGGAUGGAAAAUGUGGCCACAAUAGCGGCAAGGUGGUCUACUUGGUUUGGGGGGAAGAACUAGGCAGGGUGGUGCUACUUGGCUGUUUAAGUUUGGACCCUGCAACUCCUGCUUCGUGCAUGGUUAGGACUGGCCUCCAUAUGAAGAGAUGAGUGUGUCACUAUGACGUCUACUCUUUUCAUUGGAGUACUUCUGUUCCAUCAUCUGCUAAUAACAGAGGUGUUAUUACUUCCACAGUUGUAAAACUGUCCUUCAGGAAUCACUGAAAGCAUUGCUCUCUAACACCGAUUUAGUUACCUACUUGCCAAAAUUUAGCAAUGUUUCUUGAUGACCAUAGGAAGCUGCCUUAUGCAGAGUCAGACCAUUGGUCCCACUCUACCCCAAUAUUGUCACUACACUGACUGGCAGCAUCCCCCCAAGGUUUCAGAAUGGGCAUCUCCCAGUCUUACCUGGCAAUGCAGGGGUUGUACCCGGGACCUUCUGGAUGCAGACAAUUGCUCUGCACCUGAGCUCCAGCCCUUGCCCAUUGGCAAAGGUUUAGCUCCUUUCCAUAGAACUUGACUAGGCCUGCGCAGCACCAUAACGCACAUUAUAGCCAGUUAUAGCAACAUCCUGGUUUCAAAGGGUAUGGACGAGGCAUCCUAAUGGUUUAGACAUCCUGGGUGGUAUUUAACUAAGUUUUACUGAGAGAAGACCGGUUGACAUUAAUGAACCUAACUUAGUCAUGUUCAUUCAUUUCAGCAGGUCUGUUCUGCGUAAAACGUAGCAGAAUGCCAUCCCAUAUCUUUCUCUGGUACUGCAGAAGCAAAGCAGGACUUAUUUUAACUGCUGUCCCACAAGACGGAGAUUCCUCACUGAAACAAGUUCCACUGGUUCAGAUAGGCUAAAAGAAAACAGUCCCCCUCAAGCAGUGCUGGAUUAAACCCUGUGGAGACUCCUAGGCAGCUGAAAUCUUGGGGUCCCUUGCAAAUUAUCUUCUAAAACUGAGAAAGCCUGAUUGUAAUUUUCAUUCAAGAUCAAAUCAAUAUUAUUUUGAUCCAUUUUUAGUGGGACCCCUAAAAGUGUGGUGUGGGCUUGACCUUUGCUGGAUAGCCUAGGUCUGACUCUCGCUGUGUCAUGGUAAAAAUGUGUUGUUUUGUGAAUGGAGAACUGAUAAUAUCUCUUGUGUGAGAGUACAUCUUACCCAUUAUUAGUUGGAAGUAGUAUUUGGAUAUUUUGUCCUGCAGAAGAAUACUGGUUUCGAUUUUUCAGUGCUCAUAAUAUACUCUCUCUUCCCUAGCCGAUUGUGCCACGCUCACCCCACCCUGAAGACGAUCGAAAUGUUCCAUUUCAGGGGACCAUCUCAGGUUGGGGACCGCCUCCUGUUCAAGGCCAUUGUCAACAAUGCAUUCAAGAACAGGUAUUGCCUUUCAGAAAACUUACAGUACUUCACUUGUAUAAAUUAGACCAUUUUAUGAUCUACCAGAACAAAUGCAAAGUCAAUGAACAGGAAGAUGACAGAUUGAAGCUUUUGGUGUUUUAUUUUCUUUUACUCCCCCCCCCCCCCAUGUAGCACAUAAGCGAUUUCACCAAUGAGAUCUAAAAGUUGUCAGUUACUGACAUCAUCCGAAUGAAUCCAAAGACAGAGCUUAACUCGUCUGUGAAUAAAUAAAAACAGCACUUUGGGGGGGGGCUGCCUAUUUAAAAUCAAUUUGGAUAAAUUCACAAGUCCAAAAGAAGCGGAGUUAACAAAAAGGCCCUUUAAAUAAAAAAUGGAAUCUGUUCCUACUUGUCACAGUUCUACAUAUACUUUGAUGUGUGCCAGCUAAAAAAAAAUGUCUUCUUCUUAAUUUCAGCAUGGAGGUUGGGGUGUGUGUAGAGGCUUAUCGACAUGAAAUGGAAGUCAGCCGAAGACACAUCAACAGUGCCUUCAUGACCUUUGUGGUCUUGAAUGAUGAGGGUCAGCCACGCACACUUCCAAGGCUGAAACCAGAGCCUGGGGUAAGAAGCAGCAAUGCCUUUGAAAGUGAUGGAUUGUGGUCCUGAAUCAAAUUUGGUAACCCUGCAUGAACUCACUCAGCUGCACACUGUAGCAUGUUAGCCAUGCAAAGCCAGCUUUCUCCUUGGGGAAACAGCGAAAAUUUGUUUUGUGUCAGCUUAGAAGUAAGAAUAAAUCUCUUAAGGAAGGUGUGCAAUAGCAUGAGGACCACCAUUUAUUAUUAGUAUUAUUUAUAUAGAGCCAUUCAAGGCCAGAUGGUCGGUGGUCACACGUCAAUUGGACGCACGCAAAAUGGUUGCUGCCUUUAUACAUGGGGGCGGGGAGCAUAUCAUUCCUUCUAUAUCUUACGUUCAGGCAUUGGUACCACUGCUUGUGUAGUCAAAAUGAUGCAUCUCACACAGAAGAGGGAAAUAUUGAGAGGGAACCCCAAGGUUUGCAAAAAAUAUAUAUAAAGGCAACUUUUUAGAAUACACCAGGGUGUGGGGAAGAGACCUUUAAAAAGUCUAAUUAACUGACUGGAGCAUUCUGUGCUGCAACUUUUUUUGCAGAUACCAGUUCACAGUGUUGAUACUAUUUGUCCGUGGAUCCAGCCUUUGUGAUGGUCUUUUCUGGCCCAUAAUUUUUUACUGCAGGAAAAGCAGGGCAACCUAAACUCCUUUGAGUUAAACUCUUAACAUCUGGCCCAUCUAUUUAGUUUAAAGCCUCGCUUUGUUUGUUCCUAUGCAUGCUUCAUAUGUCUUCCAAAUGUCAUCCAUCCAUUUUAUUUCCAUUUAACAGGAUGGAGAAAGACGAUUCAAAGAAGCUAGCGCUAGGAAAAAAAUCAGACUGGACAGGUAAGUGAAAAAGUAUUAUUCUGGCAACUUCCUUGCAUCGCUCUCUCCCUAACUAGGACCAUAUGUGAUUUCUCCUCCCUCAUUGUACAUUCCUGCAGUAGAAUUGUAUUCAUAUGUUGUAGACUGAAACAAUUACGUAUAAGCAGGUCUUCCUGCACAUGGGGCCCCUGGAUUUGAUCCACAGGUAGAGUUUCUGCUAUUCUCUGUGGCUCAGCAAAGUGCCCAUGGUGGCGUUCUUGAAAACAGCAGAGGCAGUAGCUACCAAAUGGGGAUUAUUUUGAGGGGAAGGAGGUAGGAGUGAGGGCGAGGUGUUUCUUGUGAAUUUAUCCAAAUUGAUUUUAACUAGGCCGUUUCCAAAAAACAUGUGCUGUUUUUAUUUAUUCACAGAAGAGUUAAGCUCUGUCUUUUUUUAAAAAAAUAUAUUUUUUAAGCUCUGUCUUUUGACUCAUUCUGAUGAUGUCGGUAACUGACAACUUUUAGAUCUCACUGGUGAAAUCUCUUAUGUGCAUUCAGAACAGCAUGCCUGGGUUUCUCUCCUAUUUCCUUCCUAGGAAGGGACACAUACUUUGCACAUGCUCAGACACACACAUCUUUUUUUGUAAUUACUUCACAUUCUAAGGUUGAACUUUGGCCUUGCAAAUGGGCUGACAUUAAACCUUUGGAAUAGGAGGAUGGUGGGUUGAACAGCACUGCUUGGCUGUAGAACACAGUCAUGACAUAACUGGAAAUGAGGCAAGGCACACGGACUCCAUUUCUUCAGCGCUGGAGUUUUUUAUGGGCACUUCUGGUUUGAUCGCAAGCCUGUUUCCACAAUGAAGGAGGAUACAAAUUAGCUUUUUAAUUUUUUUUUGCAAGUGUUAAGAUCCUUCAGAAUCUGUAUUCUGUGCUGAUUACUAAAUUUGAUGCAAAAUAUGUUUGCUGAAAAUGCAGGGAAGGAAAGGCAAUACCAAGAAAUUCACUGGCUAUAUCCGGCCCACUGUGUUCUGGUAGCAAAAUUUGUCAGAAAGGUAAAAGCUUGGUAGAAACGAAAGUGUAAGUUUUAGUGGAAGAAAGGGAAAGCUGGAAAAAGUGACCAGCAAAGCUCAGAGAAAUGUUUUCCCCCCAUCCUCAGUCUUUUCCUUUCUUCUACAGCCAGUCCUAUUUAUAAAAUAAACCCUCGUCCAGCUCUGUGUUUUCAUUCUGAUUCUAGUUUUGCCUUGCGGUGACAUCAGAGCCCCUUCCAGUUUGCCUCCUGUUAUGUCACUAAAACCUCAUAGCGUAUUUAUAGCCUUGUUCUUUGGUUGUCUCUAAUUCAUAAUUUAUUGCAGAACACAGACUCAGACCGCAUGCAUUAUCCUUAAGGCUACAGUUCUUGGAGCAUUAAUGCCAGAUCAAUGCGUUCUCUUGAGAGCAGCGAAAGAAGGCAGGGAAGAAGAAGGCAGGCUGCCAGAGCAUCAUGAGCAGUGCUUAGAAUGCUCUGACUUAGGGGUUCGUGGCACCUUCCUUGCUCAGGAGUCCCCUCUUUUCCGGCAUCUCGGUGGCUUGGCCAUUUGUCUCUGUCAUUCUCCUGUGCCUGCUAGUGAACCGCAGCUACAUCAUCCUAUCAGGAGAGCGUAGCAGGCAGAGCAGUCAAAUAAUCUACAGGGUAACUUUAUUUAUCCUAAUCAUUGGGGGGAUAUACAAAAUGCUUGGCUGAGCAGCAGUGUCGUUUACUGCAAAGCCUACUUAGAAUGAAAUACACUUCUGUGGUGGGGAGAAGAGUCAGUUCAGGAUAACCUCAGGUUUAAAUAUGCCACAACUUCACGAGGUAAUUGGCGAGUAGCUGUGGUCUCUGGUGUCUGCCUGUCUCGCUUUGUUUCUCUGGCCCAUCUUUUUUAGGACCUGCCUUAUUUCUGUGAUUGCAAGUUGUUUUAAAUUGUUUUUACCAUUUUACUUUAGCUGCCCUGGGACCUUGGGGUGUAGGACAGGUCACAAUUUUUCACAAGAGUAACCUUUACUCUUCUAAAGCUUUUCUAAAAUCUUUAUUAGGGGAAUUUUUUUUUAAAGCUAAUAAAACUUUCUGCGUAUGCAUACUUGAGAUGCUCAACUCAAAGAUGCAUUGUACAUUGCAAAAAAAAACACCUUAAUUUGAAAACAAUAUUAAAAUAAAGUUUGUGUUGCCCUCCACCCUUGUGUGAAAAAAACCCCCACAAGUCAAGGAACUAAGAACAAAUUUUUCAUGGGGGGGGGGGGCGCUGUAGCUUAAUAGUAAAGAAUCUAUUUUACAUGCAGAAGGUACCACAUUCAGUUCUGCAGCUUCUUUGUGCUGGGAAGGGUUCCCUGCCUAAAAUCCUGGAUGACUUGCUGCCAUUUGGUAUAAACAAUACUGAGCUGGAUAGACCAUUGGUCUGACUCUCUCUAAGGCAGCUUCCUAUGUUUCUGUGUACUGGUGUAGAGACGGAGGCCUGGGGCUUCUGCAUCCUUGCUGGCAGCUUAGCUCUCAAUAUCCUGCCACACAGAACUCUCCUGCAAUCUGUUCUUUGACCUAAAAUUCAUUCUAGACAGAGCACAUACAGAGACACCACAGAAGCCCCACACCUCACCUCAGACCUGCCUGCCGCCUGCUAGUAGGGGUUCAGAAGUGCACGUGUAAUCCUCACCAUCAAGGCAAUGGCCAGGCUGUCACUUUGAGAGCCUCCUUGUGUCGUCUGUGGUGGAUACAGAGAAUGUGGAAUAAGUCCUGAUUUCUGUUACGGGGCUGCUUCACGUUCGAUAUUUCUUUUACCCACAGAGAGCCUUCUUCUGGGGAAAGCAUUUGUAGUACACUUGAAAACCACACGGGGGCCUGUUUUGCUGUGAUUACAAUAUAUUUGGAAGCCAUAGAAGCUCUAUAAGGCACUUGUGCAACUUUCACCCUCCCAGGAGUGUAAGCACAUGUAUGCCUCCCUUCCACUGCCACCUUACCCUGGUCGGGGCUUACCAUAACACUAUCUUGCAACUGGUGGGUUGUUAAGCAAAGUUUUGGCCCACACCAAUGCAUGACAUCAGCCUGGCCACCUAGCUAUGGUGUCUGAGUGGAAGGGAAGGUGCUUCAGCAUAAAGCACAUUCGGGAGAAAUGGUCUCUGCCACUACAAACAGCUUUUAGAUUGUGCUUCCAUUACUCUUAAAACAUCUGCUCUAUUUGCAUGUGUGUGUGUGUGUGUGUGUGUGUGUGUGUGAGAGAGAGAGAGAGAGAGAGAGAGAGAGAGACUGCAAACAUGCUUCAGCUUGGAGGUACCAUUUCCCUCUCUUUUCAGUACUGCUGCAGGAGGAUCAGGUUGAUGCAUGCUGAAUUGAGGUGUCCUCAGUCAGGGAGGAGAACCUGUAGCCCUCCAAAUGCUGAUGGACUACAACUCCCAUCAUCCCUGCUGGUUGGCCCCACUGACUGGGGAUGAGGGGAACUGGAGUCCAACAGCAUACAGGGAGCCACAGGUUCCCCAUCCUGUCUCUUAAGUGAUUUAAAAGGGGUUGUUUAGAUUUGUUGUCCCAAGAUCAUGAUUUUACUUCAUCUUUUGUUAGGGCUGGUCUUGCAAGCUGCAAAUCCAGGGAAUUUAUUAAAAGUAUUGAUUUAUUUUUAAACUCCUAAACACACACACACACAGCAUUAUUUGAUAUGAAACACAGAAUAGAGCUGUAACUGAAGGCUUGCAAUCUAAAUAGUAAUGUCUGUAACUUACUAUAUAUUAUCUGACCAAAUGUUCUGUUUAUGAUGUUGGGACUCCAUGGGCGCCUUUUAAUAUGGGGGAGAAAGGAAAAUGAGCAAAUUCCUUUUCUUGAGAACUGAUGUGCAAGUGUGCAUUUUGUGUAUGUACCUGAAUCUCCUUGUUCCACAAAACCUGUGGACUUUGUUCUGUCUGAUCUCCUCUUCCUAAGAAGUUUAAAAUGUCUCUAAGUCAUAUGGCUUGCCAAGGCGAGACCUCUUAUUAUUGGGUACUUUGGACCACUUUACCAUGGCUCUGUCACCUUGAAGGUCAUAGAUCAGUUGUUAUCAGUCAGAUCUCUCCUCCUUCUCAUUUCCUUAUCUUAGGUCCUGAUAAUGAGAUUGUAUGGGAGUGAUACAGUUGAGCAAAGAACAAGAGCAUAUUGUGACUGUCAGUGCCCUGCUGUUAGCACUAAGCAAUUUUUCUGUCACUUGAGUCCAAGGCUACUGCUGGUUCUAUAGCAGAAAUGCACUCUACGAAGCUGAGUCACGCACACCAUACUAACCAGUUUCCAUUUCCUCAAGCCCCUACAUUAAAUCCCAUUACAUUUCACCUGUGUGCAGAAAUCCUCUCUGAAAAUAGAUCCAAAUUUAAUAGCAGUGUCUAAAUUUGAGAGAUGCUGUAUCCUGUGCAAGGUUUUAUUUUAGUGCAAUUAGGUGAUACUUCUGACUUUAACCCUGCAACUAGGGAAAAGGAAUCUAGGGCACUCUGUGUUGGGGGAUGUGGCAGGAAGUUGCAUAAGUAGUUAUUCGCAAGUGGGCCUCUUGAUCCACAUAUGAAAGAAGUCAAUAGAUGUGAUUGUGGUGUGUUAGAGUGAACCUGAAUGUGAUUUUCUCCAGGUGUUUGCCUGCCUUCACUCCCUAGCACCAGCAAAAGGCCAGAAUGAACCAAGACAGAUUUUGCCAAAAAUGAUUGCAAGCAAAGGAAUUCACUUAACUGAAAAACAAACCCAAAACUAUACCUUGAAUGCACAAUGUGCCCCACACAAGAAAUGAAAGGUAUCCCACAAACUAGCACAGUGUUCCCUAAUACAUCUAUAAUCUCAUACUUGCUCUCAGCUGGGGAGUAUUUACCAGUCUUUGAUUUGUUCCCUUUUGACGUGUCUGAGAAUAAUUAGGAAAAGGAUUCUUGCUGCAGCAAGAAUACUAUUAGCACAGCAAUGGAAGCAAGAAGAACUACUAACAAAAGAAGAGUGGCAGAUGAAACUGAUGGACUAUGCCGAGUUGGCAAAAUUAAUUGGGAAAAUUUGGAACUAGCAAGACCAGACUUUCCUGAAAGAUUGGAAGAAAUUUAUGAUAUAUUUGAAAGACAAUUGUAAUCAAUUGACAUCGCUUGUAGGGUUGCAAGAAGUUUUGUAAGGAGAACUAUAUGAAUUAUUGCAAAAAAGGACUAAGGAGUUUAUUUAGGAUUUGGAUUUUAUAGCAAUAACUAUUAAAAUAAAAUGCAAAAUCAGAAAGAAAGUUAGAAAACCAUUAGUUGAGGUUGACGGAAGUCCUAGGCUGUGAUAGCCAAAGGUUUGUUACAUUGUAGAAGAUGGGAUGUUAUGUUUGGAAAACAUGUGCAAAAACCAAUAAAUUUUGUGUGUAUGUGUAGAGAGAGAGAGAGAGAGAGAGAGAGAGAGAGAAUAAUUAGAAAAGGGAAGGUUUCUGAAGAGGAAGACCUCCCCCCCUUGAUUGGCUGUUUGUGACCACCCACUUUCUACUCAAACCCUCAUCCCGGCUAUCUCAGUUUUGCUUUACUUUCUUUAACAGCCACCAGCCCAUUUGGGAAUAAUACUCUGUGUACAAAAAGACAGAGAUGUUGACACCACUAUCUUGUGUAACUAGCUUGCUCUAGAGUGCCUCGAUUAAACUGGCAUUCAGGUAUUCUCCUCCUCAUAUGAUGAGAAAAGUGGGGGUGAACUCCUCUGUGUGUCCCUGUGCCUGCCCUUGCUGUCCUCCAGGUGCAGGAACUUGCUGCACCUGUGGAGGCUUCCUGUGCAAUUUAGAGUCCUGAUCAUGCAGGGAGGCACCAUGAGUCAGUUUGCUCUCCCAGUGUGCAGAGAAAAGUGGGCAUGCGACGCUUUGCGGGCCAGCCACCCUUCCUGCUCUUCCUCAUGUGAUUCUAAUCACACGUGGAAAUUGAAGGCCCAGAUCCCAGAUCUGGUAACAUGCCAGUCUGAUCCGACUGAAAAUGAAUGACUCCAGCCUUUGUACCCUAUGCAGAUUUCCCUAAGAGUAUUUAACCUUAAUCAUUUCUAUGAUUCUGUGAUGACCAUAUAGCUAUCUUGCCCACUGAGUCUCUGUUUGAACCAAAAGAUUUAUUCUCCCUUCCUCUGCACAUACCUGGAUUCAGUCUGGUGGCUAAUUUAAAAGCUAUGCUUAAAAACAAGACAAUGUAAAAACAAGACAACCUAUUUCUUUUAGAUAAUAUCUUUGGAAGGUCACGUUCAAAGCAUACUUGCCAUUUCCUUUCUAGUGCCAAUUUUAUGAGGAGCGCUUUUUAAUUACCUUUUGUUGACAGUCAACAUUCAGCGUAACCAAUGCAUUCUUUUCCUUUCUGCAGAAAAUACGUCUUUUCCUGCAAGCAUACAGAAGUACCUUUGUCUGUGCCUUGGGAUCAAAGCAAUAAGGUAAAAUAAACUUGCUCCACAAGUUGCUAACAUCUGCAUCUCAGGGGGCCUUUAGACUCCUCCAAAGCAGGAGGGCCACAUUCCUCGUGGAGCAGCCUUCCAGGGGCCACAUGCCAGUCGUGGGUGGUGCCAAAAGCAGAAGUGCACAGCGCAACAAAUGUGAAUUUUACCUUUGUACAGUAGACUAGUUUCUACGCCCACCCAUGGGCGUAGCCAAAAUCAAAAACCCUUAGUUAUCAGAAAGUUCAUUUGAUGGGUGGAGAGUGGACAAUAACCCCUUCCCCCAUCAGUUGAUCUGCACAAAUCAGCUUGGGGUGUGUGUUGUGUGUCCCAUCUGUAUACAAGUGUGGGUGUGCCAAUGGGAGGUGCCCAUUUUUGGACAUACUCGUCAUCUGCAUACUUCCCUGAGAAGGUUGACCAAGGGUGACUGCCACCCUCAGGCCCCAAAAACUUAACCGUACCUGCCAUGGAACUUGUUUGUGCCUCAGAUGUCUUAAGGAAUAAGGGCUCUCUUGUGGGAGGGAACGAGAAAUGCUACUCAUGAGCAAAGAUAAAGUUAGAAAGCUUUGUGUGUUGGUUUAGAACAGUAGGAGAGCCCUGCUGGAUCAAGCCAGUAGCCCAUCUAGUUCAGCAUCCUGUGGCUAAGCAGGAGUUUGGGGGAAGCCCAAAAGCAGGAUGUGAGAGCAGUAGCAUCGUCCUCACUUGUGAUUCAUUGGAAACGGCAUUCAGAGUCAUACUGCCUCUGAUAUUGGAGGUAACAUAGCCCUCUCAACUAGUAGCCAUUUUCUCCAGGAAGGAGACACCAUGCUGUUGUCUCAGAAUGCAAGCUGGCCUCCAGGUAGCUUCUAUAUUGGCUUUUCAGCCAGACAUGACAUUUUGCCUGUACCUUGGGAAAUUAGAUAUUUAGAAGCGGACAUGUGUCUGUUGCUAUGCAAUCAGGACAAAACCCACUGAAACCUUGGCUGGUGAUUAAAGUUAGAGCAUUUGAUUUGUUAAACCCAUGGUUUACUUUUUGUUUGCUUAAAAUAUUUACUUAUACCUCCUUCAGUCUGACAGCAGGUCUCUUAGGCAGCUGAUGCAAGAGAAAAGUAAAACAGAAUAAACGCAAGAAAAUAUCAUCACAUUCCAUGUAAACACUCUUUCUCUCCCCCCACCCCAAAGGCUUUCAUAAACUUCUUAAUACCUUCAGAAGGCUAUUUUGGGCCUUGCUGGGAAGAAAUUCCAUACCACUGAUGGAAGGCCUUCAGCUUAUUCCUCCUAGCUUGCUUCCAAAGGUGGUGGCACUCAAAGCAGAGCUUCUGGUGAUGAUUGAAAAUCUGCCUAGGUGUUUAAGGAGACGGACUACUAUUUAGAAUGUCCUUAUCCUAAGUCACUUCAAGAUGACUGCUCAAAACAAAUUACGAUGAAUGCUCAACGAAGUUUGGGUGGUGGUUAGGCAAAGACAGCUAUUUAUUCAGUUCAGUAUUCAUUCUGAUUUGUUUGUGAGGACAUUACAGGACAUUACAUUAUUUUUCCUUCACUAGCCUUGUCUCAAAAACAGUCCCAAUUUGGGAGAAACAGGUUUGUUGUGCAAGACUGCCAAAUAAGCUUUAAAAGUUAAAACCAGCAGUGAAUUAGGCCUGGAAACCAACUAGGAGCCAGUGAAUAAGUUUAAGAACAGUGGAGAGAGUUGCUAAGAUGUAUUUCGUUAUCAAAAUGUGAACAAUAUUUGGCACCUCUAGAAUUCCCCCAUUCCUCAUCAAAGAAAUACACAUGAUGGAAAGUAAAUCAGACUUUCUUGCCUUAGUAUAUUGUGCAGGUUAAGGGGUGGGAAAGAGGAGGACCCUUUACAAUCUUCUUGUGGAAGGAAGUUUUGUUUGAAGUUGUGAAUAUUUUGACAGGAACUUGGUGAUACUAGAUGGUAUAAAGGAGGUUCCACGAAGUAUAGGGGCCAUUUGCCAGGGUGGAUGGGGGAGCAAUUGGAAAUGGAACAGGAAGAUGUAUUUAUUUUUGCAAGCUUUAUUAUCAGAGUCCUCACUGAUUCGUAGCACUCAACUCCCUGCAACUUCUAAAGAAAUUAUAUAAAGUCUGGCUAAUUCUGCUAAAAAAUUCCAAAGCUUCAGAAUUGUGAAAUCUCUGGGAUCAUGGAACUCCGUGUCAGAAUGAGCAUAUAAGGCAAAGUUUUAAAGUGGAAUGAAGUCCCCAUCAUUGUCUUUUAUUUCUAGAGCAAACAACAUGUACUAGGACCCUCAAUACUUUACAAUAAUAGAGAGAAAUUCACAGCAAUCCCUACACACAAGCGUGUAAUUUAAUAAAGAUAAGAGGAACAGUGAGAGGAAGAAAUGGGAAAAGGUCAUGCUGGUGCUGGACACAUUACAAUUAGAAGCUCUUUUUGAUGGGCUAUUUUCUUGUGUGUUUUUUUAAUGCAGGUUUACCUGAGUUACAACAAUGUUACUGCACUGAAGACAUUAGUAGCAAAGGCCAACUGGGUGCUUACCUCCGAAAGAGACAAGGUAGCUGACCCCAUCCUCAAGCAACUGUUCAGUCUAAAAUGCAAAACAUGAAGUCAAGUAUCCAAACAUCUCAUCCCAAUUUAUCUUUGUUGUGGGAGGAAUCAUGGUUUUCAGGCUGCAAGCACUAUUAUUUUUGUUCUUGUGAAUUGUGCAUACAGUGAAACUUGUUGGGCUACAUUUGCAUUGAACUGGAAUGUAGAUAUUUUUUGUUGGAGGUGCCAUUUUUUUGUUUGUUUUAAUCACCCCUGCUUUCGCUCUCUAAGGUCAAGAUGUACACACUGGAAGAGGACAAAUUCCUCUCUAUCCGAAUAGAGAUGACCAUCUGCAUUGAUGCAAUGCAGGCCUUUCUGCUGCUCUCGGACCUGCGACACAGGCACGAAUGGGACAAUCAUUAUGCGUAAGUAUUUUGGUGGUUAACAAUUGCUUUUUAGUUAGGGAUGGUGUCCCCAAUUCCCAUUCUCAUAGUUAAGAGAUCUUUCUGCUCACGUAGUUAAAAACAAACAAACCCAGAAGCUGAGAUUCUUGGAACAGUAGAUUCUGUGCACAUUCUUUUCUGUGCUCAUGUAGAAUCUCAUCAUAACUCAGAUCUGAGGUUAUUGAGCUACUCUACCAAUGAUACUAGACACAGUACCAGGCCUCCUCCUUUAUGCCCUCACAACUUUGAUCACUCCCAAAAGUUAGCCAAUUGGCUCUUGUUGCUCUUUAUUGUUGCAGUUGCACAAAUAUAAGAACCUAAGAUAAGGUCUCUUGGUCAAAGUUCAGCAUCUUGUACCACACAGCGGCCAGCCAGAUGCAAAAGGGCAAUUGUCAUCUCCAAUUGUUCACCUUCUGAUUUCCCUUUUUGCAGGAGUUCUGAACUUGUCCAACAAGUUGAUAAAGAGGACAUGAUCUAUCAUGUUGUUAGCCAUACUAUGAGUGAGGAAAACAAGCCUCAGGACUUCGUCAUCCUCGUGUCACAAAGGAAGCCUUGCAGCAAAGGGUAUGUUGCCAAACAUCUCCUCUCCACUGCAACGUCUAGGGCAUCUGUUCCGCUUCAGAUAUGGUGCACACACAUCUGUAAAGAGACCAGUGCCCAGGUGGCCUUUCAAAAUCUCUUCUGCAAACUUCAUUUCACCAGUUUUGAACAAAAGCUAAAGGCAAGAACUAGGCUAGCUCAGGGCAGGUUCAGCCUAUUGAGUAAGCAGAACAAGAUUUCUUUGGGGGUUGUUGUGGGCAUGGUGAACUUCAAAGCAGAGAGGGGAAAGUUCAGUGCACUUGUUUUAACUGGGUUUCCUUUCUUUCCAGUGAUCCAUAUGUUGUAGCAUUCAGAUCUGUCACACUGCCAACACAUCCAGCAAAACCAGAGUAUACCCGUGGGGAGACCUUGUGUUCUGGCUUCUGUAUUUGGCAGGAAACAGAUGAGCUCACUAAGGUAGGCAUUUAGCUUUCCAAGAGUGCAGCAGAGGAAUGAGUGAUAGUGGCUUAGUUUGGACAUGGAUUAUGGGGAAUGUCCCAUGGAUCCCCUUUCCCUACUUACACAAGGAUUCUGCUCCAUUUCCAGGUUUCGAGCACCAGGUGAAAACUUUUCUCUAUAACCAGGCUAUUGGCUGAUUAAAUGUGUUUCUGGGGAGUGGGGUUAUUGGUUUGAUUUUUUUAUUAUGCAUUUUGUGUUCUCGUUUUGUAUUUUUAAGAUGUAAACUGCCCUGUGAUCUCCAGAUGAAAGGUGGUAUGCAAAUUUAAUAAAUAAUAAUAAUAAUAAUAAUAAUAAUAAUAAUUUGCCAUUAUUUCCAACUAGGGACAAACCAUGGUUAGUGCUAAAUUCCAAACAAUGGUUUCUAAACGCAUAGUUUGGAAGUCAGCACUAACUGUAAUCUGCCCAAUUUAAGAAACCAUGGGAAACUAUGGUUAAAGCAACUCGGAAACAGUGGAGGCUGGAGGCUAUGAGCCUCUGUCCUCCAAAUUGGUUCAGUUCCCAGGGAUGUAUUUGAUAGCAUGAGUUCACCCUAGUUGUUCUGAGAGUAGCUUUGUGUACCAGAUUACCUUUAUAAAGUGUCACAAAUCUUUUUUCCUGAUGUUAGAAUAGAUGCUGUUUGUGAAAUAUUGAAACAUAGCAAAUCACUUGCUGUGAAUUCCUUUUAUGUUGUUGUUGUUUAGUCGUUUAGUCGUGUCUGACUCUUCAUGACCCCAUGGACCAGAGCACGCCAGGCACUCCUUUUAUGUACCAUUGGUUAACACCACACUUUCCUCUAUGCAAUCCCAUAUGCCAAUGUAUUUGGGAAUGGUGGUGUGGCAAAAGAAGUCAGGGACCUGCGUGUGUGUGCCAGCUUUUAGCCUCUGCCCAUUUCUAGCUCCAAGGUUUUUCUGGCUGUAGGUUUUUGUGAUUUAAAAUGGGCACAAACCCUAAAAACAAAAGGAGAAGCACCACCAGUGUAAUGGUUUGGAUUGAGUUUGUGGGUUGCUAUUCCAGGAUUCUUGCAAUCAUUUCCAGAGAUGGCUCAAGAUGUUCUGAUGCUUAUGGCAGAAAAUCCACAUGGUGUCUCUCCUGAUACAUGCACCCACAGAUGUACACUAACUAGUUCCUUGUUUGCUGCCUUUGCAUUGUACCUUGAAGCCUGCUGCUGCUUUGCAUUCCUCUGAAUAAACCAGUGUCUUGUGCAAGUUAGGAAUUAGAACUGAGUUCAAGGAGCCAAAGGUCCUCUGGCAUUGCUGUCAACUAUUACAUUGGGGAGGGAAAUCCAUUCUUAGUUUGGGGUCAGUAAACUGAAGCCUUCCCAGGAACUAAUUGAUAAGAUGCUCUUUUUUUGUUUCCAGGUGUCGUAUUACCACCAGGCCACUUCAGGUGUUUUGGCCUACAUUACAACUAACAUUGCUGGCCUCUCUUCAAGCUUCCAUUCCACCUUUCAAGCCUGUGAACAGUUCCUCCAGAAAAACAAAGACAAUCUCUCGGUUGGGCUUCAGAAUCUUUAG